UUUCGAACCAAUCGGAGUCGUCCACAUGCCGCGAGCUUGAGGCUGGGGCAGCCUGGUCAUAAAAUGCUAUAGCGGCUGAGUUCGCCGCCACUAGGAGCGGGAGCUGCGCACAGAGCGAGUCUGCCCCCUUACACCGCGGACACCGAGCAGGCCCCGAGCCGGCCUCUGACAGGAAACCGCCAUUACCACCGCACUGCAUACCGCCCGUAACGACCUGCCCCGGCUCUCCCCGCUCGGUCUCUGAUGCAGGCAGCCCGGCAUCCCUGAGCCCCAGCCCGCCGCACCGACCCAGAGCAGGAGAACCGAGCCGGCUGUCAGAGCCCGCCAUCAGAGCCCGCGGUGUGACCCCCGGCAGGAGCCGGCACUGUAUGGGAAGCGGCCCGUGCUGAGCUGCGGAGUGUGAUCGGACCCCGUACCGUACCGUGUCUGUCGGAGGUCCCGGGGGGGAGAGCGGCUGCGGCCAUGGAGAACGCGCACACCAAGACGGUGGAGGAGGUGCUGGCUCACUUCAACGUGAACGAGAGCACGGGGCUCGGCCUGGAGCAGGUCAAAAAACAGAAGGAGAGAUGGGGCCCCAACGGUACGUGCUGGGGGAGGCGGGGGGCUUUCAUAACAUCUCACAGAGAGUGGAGGGGGGGGAGGGCAAUUACUGGGCGAGCUGGGGCCCCCCAUGGUAUCUCACAGGGAGGGGGGGCAAUUACUGGGCGAGCUGGGGGCCCCCAUGGUAUCUCACAGGGAGGGGGGGCAAUUACUGGGCGAGCUGGGGGCCCCCAUGGUAUCUCACAGGGAGGGGGGGCAAUUACUGGGCGAGCUGGGGCCCCCCAUGGUAUCUCACAGGGAGGGGGGGCAAUUACUGGGCGAGCUGGGGGCCCCCAUGGUAUCUCACAGGGAGGGGGGGGCAAUUACUGGGCGAGCUGGGGGCCCCCAUGGUAUCUCACAGGGAGGGGGGGCAAUUACUGGGCGAGCUGGGGGCCCCCAUGGUAUCUCACAGGGCAGUGGGGGCUGAGGAAACCAAUUUGGGGCCCCCCUGGCAUAUUCUCUUUGUCUGCAUGUGAUCAUAUCGAUGAGAGACUACAGCUCCCAUCAUGCUGUGUCAGCCCGGGGGGAGGGCUAUGACAGCAGAGCUAUGAGUCCUCCCUCCGCAGGGUGACUCACUGACCGGCACAUUGCAGCAUUCAGGCUGAAAGCGCAAUCUGGAACCUGCUCUGGCUCAGCUAUUUUGGCCUGAAAUGUGCAAUUCCUUCAUACAUUAGCGGGGAUUCCAGUUUAAUGACUGAGCCUGCCUGUCUGUGUGUCUGUCACUGUAUAGCUGGUUACAGUGUGAGCUACAUUAAUAUCCUCCUUAUAGAUUGAUUCUUGGCAGCCUGCCAGCUAUGGAUGUAGAAAAUCUAUCUAAGGACUUAUUAUAUAGCGCAUAGCCCAAUGAUGCCGAAAAGACAAGGACCCUAAGGCUUUUAGUCUUUAAUGUAAUGCACUUGUAGGAUCCCCUAAGACCUUCUUGUAAAGGUCAUAAUCGGUCACUUCCAUUAUAUUGUAUGGAAUACUAAGACCAAUAAUGUUUACAAUCUUUAAAACUAAAUGAGAAUUAUUUUUUCCCAAAGAUGUCACCCCGACCUUAAAAUGAGAAUUUCUCCAUCUGCCAAUAUUGGUUGUAUAUUUGUUCAUUACUUUGUAUAAGAUGGUUUGGCUGUGCAGUGUGAGCUGUCCUAUAAACCUGCUGUGGAUGCUCCUUUUCAAUAACCUGUUCUGGAGUGUUCUAUUGCCACAUGAAUAAAGAAGACCUUGUACCACUUCCUGUAAGGCCUAUCCCUUGUCUAGCCGGCAUCUCCAUGAUACUAGGAUUAGAGAAGAUGGCUGCCUGGAUGAAACCUCGUGUUUUUUUUUUUUUUAUGCAAUAACCGGUCUCUCCACUUCCUUGACAUCUGCCUUUGAUAUUGAUUUUAAUCUUGAGUGUUUAUUUUAAAUCCCUUAAUCAGCCUCACCCCAUAUGCAAGAUUCUUACUGCAGUCGGUUAUAUUAAGUUCUUUUUUUAAUCUGAGGUAGGGAAGCUGCAUAUAAGCAAAUGUGUAAACUAGUCAGUUUGUGCCAGGAUAUUUUCUGUUUUAAGAACAUUUGGUUAUGUAUAAGCACUUGCAGAUACAGUAUAGUAAAGAAUUUGUUUCCUAUAUUAAAUAUGAAACCUAAACCAUUUGAUUAUCAGUAUCCAAUAAAUACUGCAUAGACAAAAACUUGACCUUCUACUAUAUUAUUGGACAUAGCAGCUAAUUUGGUCAUUUCUUUAUCGGUGUAUAGUCGAUUAAAUGUGCUUAUAAUUUGGUGCAUCUUGGUAUCUGUAUAGAGAAAUCCUACUAGAAUGUACCUGCUUAGAAUGAUGACUUGGCAUAAAACAGUGCUCCUUCUUGUUUCACUUGUCCCACAUGCAAGUGUGCUGUCUGUGGCAUAUUGUUUGGCCUCAAUGACUCUCUAGGUAUAUGUAGCUUGUGUAGCUAUUCCCAUUUUUAAUGGUUUUAAAAAAUUUUUUUCCUUUUCUUCCCUAUUCUGCUUACAGAACUACCCGCAGAGGAAGGUAAGAAAUUAUCUCAAUGACCAGACUAUGUAAGUCCAUUUGAUUUGAACUUUGCCUUGACAAAUGUCUCUUCUCCAGGUAAAACGUUAUGGGAGUUGGUGAUUGAACAAUUUGAAGAUUUAUUAGUUAGAAUUUUGCUUCUUGCUGCUUGUAUAUCAUUUGUAAGUAUUCUAGCGUUUCCUAAUACUAAUGUACUUUAAUAUAAAGAGUUAAUAUGCUUAAGAUAAUAGAUUUAAGUAGUGCCUUUUUUUUCUGGGCAUUUCUUUGCCUCCAAAAUCUGAAUUAAUAAAAUGCUUUUAAAAAAGGUCUCUUUACAUGACUGCCAAGUGUGUCUUAAUGCAAAAGUAUUUUUGUAUUUUUUUCCCCCUUCAUACAGCUAAAGCCCAGUUCUGCAAUCUCAGAGCAACUUUUUUUUUUUUUUUGUUGUUUUUUUUUAAUCUUGGCUUAAUCUAAAUUAAAAGCAAUUUCUCUGCUCAGACUUGAAUAUACCAUGUCACUUGGGUUUUGUUAUGGGAAGCAUAGUUGUUUUUUGACUUUUUUUAUUUAUUUUUGUAAAUUAUUGAAAUAUUAUUGCAGUCAGAAUUAUGGCAUUGAUAAUUUUUUGCCCCUGGUAAACCAUAUUAACUUGAAUAUCUCUGUAACAUCUCAUUUCAAUAACUGUUUAUCUUUUUGUUAAAUUAACGAAAAAAAUUCAAAAAAACCCCCAAAAAGGUGUGAGAUUUUUACAUAUAUCAUAAACGGUUUCUAUCAUUUAAGACUUUUUAUAGCACCGGCAGUGCUUUACAAUUAUAGAAAGAUCAGAUAAUAGAGGUGAAUGACUGUUCAAACAGACUUACAAUCUGAGACUUUGAGGUAUGUAGAUAUAUAUCUUUUGGAUGUCUUGCCUAGGGACACUUACUGGUAAGGUGGUCUGACUUGGUUUGAAACCUAGGUUGACCAGUUCAAAGGCAGUGACACUGUCACUGCUCUAACCAGCGGGAUACACACUAGUAAGUUUGGCUCAAAUUGCUACAUAACAAAAAACCUGUUUUGGGGGUUUAACUACUUUAUUUCACAAACUGAAUAUACAGUGCCUUACAAAACAUUGCUUUCUUGUAAUGUUUUUCCCUAAUUUUCUGAGGACUUGUAGAAGCCUAAUGGUGCAAAAACAGCAGCUUUUAAUUUAUGUACCAUAUUGCAUUAAAAUCCUGAACAGCCUAAAUGUCAUAUUUAAAUCUAGGCAAUAAUGCUUUAUAAAAAAAAAAAUGUGCGCUCACACACAAGUUAAGUUAAAUAUGACAGUCUUUCACAAUCUCACAUUCUCACUAUGAGGUGAAAGUUCAACCUGCUUUUUAUUGAGAGAACAUUCUAGGGAAUGGUGACCUGCUAAGUUUUAUCAAUCCUAGAUAUAAGAAACCUUUAAGAACUAAUGCUAAAUCUAACUUGUUUUGCAGUGUUUAAAAGCUGCAGCUGAAAGAUAUGCAACUCCCCUCCUCUCCGCAGAUCCUAGUUGCUAUUAAAUGGUUUACUAUUUGGAUUUCCUUUUUUAAUUUGGGGCUAGUUUCAAACAUGUAUCUAUUAUAUGCGUGAAUAUUCUGUCUUUGCAAAAAGGCGUCCAAGUUUAUUUAUUUUAGAUUUAUCUAUAUGAUCUUACCACAAUCCCUCUGUAGGCUGAGAAUUCCACAUCUAAAGAAAACAAAUGCAGUUUUUUAGCCUUUCCUCAUAACUGUUUUCCAUCCCUCUAUUACUUUUGUAGCCCGCCUCUUCACUUUAUCUAGUUUUGCAAUAUGCUUCAUUAAAACUGUAGCUUAAAAUUGCACUGAAUAUUCAAUGUUAAGUCUUACUAUUGAUUUAUAAAUAGGCAAAAUUAUAUUUGGAUCAUGUGAUUCAAAACCCCUUUUUAUACACUAUAUAUUGUUGCCUAGUUUGUGAUCUAUAAUUGUUCCCAAGUCCUUUACAUUAUAGUUGUCCCUAAGCCUUCUCCAUUUAACAUGCUUAUGGGUUCCUUAUUACAAAAUGCAUGACUUUGGGUUCCCAAUUUAUACAAAUUCAUUUGUAGAGAGAAGUUGUAUCACUUUCAGACUAUAAUCUUACUUAAUUUUUGUGUCAUCUGUAAUGACACAUGGUGAACAAUGUCCACUUCAAAAUAACCUAGAAUUAGAUUAGUUUCAUGUCAUUUUAACUCCUUAAGGACACAACUUCAGAAAUAAAAGGGAAUCAUGACGGAAUUUUUCUGUCAUGUGUCCUUAAGGGGUUAAUUGAUAUUAUUGGAUAUUAAUUCAAGACCGCAAGGCUUCUGAACACUACACCAUUUGCUUACUAUCCUGAAUAUUGAUCAUUUGUCUAUAUACAUUUUAUAGUUAAGUUACUAAAGUAGAUUAAACAGUUGAAUUUUUAUCUUGGCUAAAAGAAUAAUGAAUUCAGACUUUUCCCAAUAUGUUACACUUGUUGGAUAUUUUGUUCAAAUCCCAACAAAAACCUAUGCAAGUUAAUAUGUAAAGCACUUGGCAGUGGAGUUGAAAAUUUUGAGCAUGCAUCAUCAUGACUUGUUAAUUUUAUUCUUGUAUGUAAAAUAGUUUUUACUUUUUGACAUCUGAAAAAACAUGAUAAACUCUAGUUUACAUAAUAAUCCUUGAUGGAAAGAAAUUAUUUGUAAUGGUAAUUAUGUUUAUGAAGAAAAUCUUCAUGGUUUUUAUUUAGCUUGCUUUAAUAUGGUGUUCCAAAAGCACACCUGAGAGAUGCAGAUAGACCACCCCCUAUUUUCUGUGACAGGAAGUUGGCAUUAAAACCGUAAACGAUAAAAACCUAUUCAUCCAGGUUAUCACUGUCGAGACAUCUGGAUAAUAUGGCGGUCUGAAAGGCCUGCAGAGACAUGACGCUCAAAACGUUUGUCUGAAGAACUUGGCAAAGUCAAUCUGCCCAUAAUAAACUAAUAAAAUGCAUUACAGAUUAAAUAAUUUCGAAUUUUUGGGGUUGGAGCCCCAUACUAAGAUGCAGUUGGAUAAAUAUAACUUCUGCUUGCUCUCCUGCUUAAAGCUUUGUCUGAGAUUUAGUUUAACAUGUAAAUUUCUGAAUUGGUCUGAUCUAUGAUUGGCAGCCUAUUGAAGAUGUUGUGGUGCAGACGCUCCGCUUUAAGGCUAUUUUAGUUAAAUCUUAAUCUCUGUGUAGUUGCAAAGAACAAGGUGCAUACUCACAAAAUAGUCAUAUUUAUCACAAAUGUUUAGUAAGACUACAAGAGUCCCAUGCAAGAGUAGACAAAACAAAGGUUUUAUUCAGAAAGACUUGGUUACCAUUGGCUACCUCUCAUUCAUUGAACUGUAUAAAAUCACAGACAGACAACUCAAGACUCUAAAUGUAUAUUAUCAUUUAUAUAUCGCCAGCAUAUUCUGCUGUGCCUUACAAUUCUAAAAUAGGGACAUUUGGCAAGUAACUUACAUAAAUGGAUUAUAACAGGCAAGCAGUGAAGAAUGCUCUGCUCAAACAAGCUUACAGUCUAUGAUGGUCUGAAUCAGUACAUCUGGGUUCAGAAUGACGUGUCUGCUCCUCAGGACAGAAGGUCUGAAAGACCCCCCCUCCCCUCACAAAACCGUGAAUCAAUCAGCAGGUUCAAUAAAACUAAACAAACUAUUUUGAUAUUAAUGACACAAGGUUGAGUUUGUCUUGGUUAGAGGCUACAUCAGAUAGUAAAAACAAAGAAUAAGUAGGCUGGUAUCUUUCAAAGCUAAUCGCUAUUUAAAAUCACUAUUUGCUGUUGUCUCCAGAUCUGUUUGUUUGGCUGUGCUUGAAUUUGAUAUACACAAAAGCAACACGAUUCUUAAAUGUGCCUGAUGAUCUUUGGAGAGCAGCAGACUUGUGUGAUUUAUUUAUUUUUACCAAUGGAAUCCUUAAAGGAGCACUAUACACUUUAGCUUUCUUUAUGUGUAGGGUUUUUUCAUAUUUCCAGAAGUGCGGAUUUCAGUAGAAUUUGGCAUGUUUAUAAAUUAACUCUGGCACAUCGCAUAGCUAUCAAACAUGCAGCCCUGCUCCUGGGUGUUUUGCUCAGUAGCGCUAAGCCUGCAGCAAUUUUAGAUUAUGCUGUCAUUUAACCUUUCUUCACGAAUAAUCAAAGUAAAAUAUUCAAACCUCUAAUAUAUGAAACCCAUGUAGAGCUAAAGGCCCGCAGACUCGAUAAAGAAGAAUAUACCAAUCUUCAUGCCUGUUCCCCCUCCCCACCCGACAUUAAAACACAUAUCACCCAAUUUCUUUUUAUAGGGGUAAUUUUUUUUACUAUUUGACCAGUGUAAUCCUUGUCAAUUAAAAAAUCUUACUGCAUUAGUGACGAUCUCCAAAUAAAUCCAAUGCUUCUCUCUGUGAAAUUACUUCAUCUGUUAAGCACAUCUCAGAGUGAGUGUGACAGAACCCCCAACGAAUUGCUUGACAUUUAGGGGAUCUUACCAAGGGGUAAAAAAAAAUAAAUUCUCUUUUGAAUCACACUUCUCUAAAUUUAAGGCUGGGUUACUUGAUGGUAACCCCUAAAAAAAAAUCAAACUGAAGUUUUGAGUUAAAACUUCUUUUAAAUGCAUCAUACAUGAGGUUUUUAAAAAUGUAUUUUACUCGAAGUCAGGUAGGGCUAUAUUAUAAAGUGUUAGUUUCAGUUGUAAUAUACAGAUUUGUAUUUAUAUAUUUUUCCUUUUUUUCUUUUUUCUUUUCAGGUAUUGGCAUGGUUUGAAGAAGGGGAAGAAACAAUUACAGCUUUUGUAGAACCUUUUGUAAUUUUACUUAUAUUGGUAGCAAAUGCCAUUGUGGGUGUUUGGCAGGUAAGCAACUAUUUUGUGAUGAAACAAAGCAUAUUCUAGUAACUUUCCAAUACCUAUAUUGGAAGCGGUAUGGUAGCUGACUUGUUUUUGUUGACCAUAGUAAAUUAUAAAUAUGUAUAUGCAAAUACUGGUGUUAAUCUAAUAUUGAAGUAGUUUUAAAAAACAUAGUUUGAAAGUUGGUUAGUCUUCAAAUCUCCACUUGUGUUGCAACAUCCUGUUGCAUAAUGUGUUUAGUGUUUCCCUUUUUAACUUUCAUUACAGCUGGCUAUAAAAUUUUACCAACUUGUCGCGAAUCAAAAUUACAGCAGAUUUUUUUUUUUUUUUUUUUAUAGCGAGUAAAUGUAGUUGCUGGUGUAAUCCCUCCUUUUUUUUUUUUUUUGUAUGGACAAUACAUAUUUUACAUACAUACAUUCAAAUAUAGAGCAGUGACUUGACUGUCUUUGACGUCUCAGCCAGUUCAGGCCUUACCACCAAUUUCUUUUGGUGUACUGUUCUAUCCCACAAAUUUAUACCAAGUAAUGUGGAUAAGGAUUCUUGCGCUGCUUGUCAAUCACAAGGGGAAAAGGAAUAGAAAGCUUCUGUCUAAAAGUCCUCUGUUUGAUAUACACAUUGGUGUACAUGGUCCCAAUUAGAUCCUAUGGGAGGGAAGUACUUCCCAGGUAACCCAUAGAUGAGACCAUAGCAUUCGUGUAAUGUCCAUUUUUUAUUUUUCUUCUCACUUUACCUUUUGUCAAAAUGUGUCAAUUCUGUGACAUUUUAUUUAUAACUCUCAGGAGCGAAAUGCUGAAAAUGCUAUUGAAGCACUUAAGGAAUAUGAACCUGAAAUGGGCAAAGUCUACCGACAAGACAGAAAAAGUGUACAAAGGAUUAAAGCCAGAGAUCUUGUGCCUGGAGAUAUUGUUGAAGUUGCUGGUAAGAGACUUGAUAGUUGGUACAUUUGUGCUCUUCCAUUCUGGAGUUCUUGUUUAUUUUGGAAAAGUAUGUAAUGUACAGUGAGUUUCAGAACUAUGGCAUAUGCCUCUACUUUAUAUAGAAAACAUGCUUGAUAAAUAGUGCCCUUCUUGGCUGUUUAGCUGAGGCAUCCCAACCUCCCAGAUAUUGCUGAACAACAACCCCAAUGAUUCUCUGCCCAUCUUUUGGAUUUAAAGAAUUACAGAGGUUGUAGAUCAUAAUCAUCUGGGGGCCAGAGUUUAAGAUCCCUGGUCUUGCUUGCUUGUCUGCCAAAAGAAGCACUACUAAACUCCACAGUAUUAACCAGUAUUUUAUAUAUUUAGUUGCUCAUUUUAUUUUGAUGUCUGGUAAAAUGUAAAUUGUUUUACUCUGAUACAUACUGUGCCAUUGGAAUUGCCUCUGUUAUGGCCCUUAAAAUACAGGAAAAAUAAGGAGCAGACCUACUAGGAUAUGCUGUGUGUACAAAAUGCUGCCUUUGUAGACAUAGAAAGGUACAGCAAACUUUUCAGUGUUCAUGUUAUGGCCCUCACACAGGGUGAGGUAACUAUUUAAACCUCAUUUUCAGGCUCUCAUUUAUGGGAAGGUUCAGAGUAUUGGUACAUCUGUAUUACGUCUGUUAUGUUGAGGUAUAAAAAUGCAUAUAAUACCCUUUUUUUGUGUUUUUGUAAUACCACAUUUAGUAAUGUAAUUUGUUUCACUAUGCAGUUAAGCUAUUGGGAAAACAAUACUUUACUUUGACCUCUAUCCAUAGGGUAUGUCUGGAUAACAUUGUAUGUUGCAAUUUUUAAAUAGGUGCAUAACGCCACCUACUGUGAGUAGCACUUAUUUCAAGUGAACAAACUACUCCUAUACAUAUACCCAAAAGAAUACAAGGCUAACUUCCAAAUUAUCUGUCUGCAGUUGCAUAUUGCAGUAGUUAUCAAUGAUAUUAUAACUUGCUGUAUGAUUACUAUGCUGCAUUGUUUUGUAUGUUAGAGAUUCAAGGUUGCAUUGAAUUGAGCAUAUGCUGUUAACUUAUUUCUGCACGCUUUGCAUAUUACGUGUCUGUUAAUAGAUGUACAGUUCUUUCUAUGGUUGAGACCAGGGAUUGGCUGAGAUAUUUGUCCUGUUUCCUGGUUAAAGCUGCCAUUACCUGAGCCAAGUCAUAAUGCUGCAGGAGCAACAACUGCUUAGGUAGAUUGGGGUUAUUAAGCAUUAUAAACGAAGAAGCUAUUUCAUUAAAUGUGCUUGAAAAAGCACAGAAUGUAUAAAAGCAGUCUGAUGUUAAAUCUUUAACCCCUUAAGAACAAAACUUCUGGAAUAAAAGGGAAUCAUGACAUGUCACACAUGUCAUGUGUCCUUAAGGGGUUAAAGAAAUAACAGUGCAAAUUUAUUGAGUGCCUGCAAUAUUUAUAACCUGGUGUUAAUGUGACUGGAACCAUUGCUGUUACCUUUAUGUUUAGUAUAGUAUGUACUUUGCCAUAGAAUGUGUAGAGAGAUGUCCAUGUAGGGGAAUGGAAGAGUACCUCACACACGGAUGCAUAUCUCAAAAUGAAAUUCUAGGCCUCAUGCCAAUGACAUUUGUAUGUCCAAGCCAAUUUGUCUUCAGUGACAGUGGUGAAAAUGACUGACUGUCAAACCCGUUAAUGGCAUCUCUAAAGUCCUUUGUCGGAUUUUUGUUUGUUGGUUUGUAAUGUUUAUAUUAACUCUUUGGAUAUUUCAUCUCGUAUUUUCAUCUAGUUUCCAAGCAAAUGUUGUUUCUCACCCCAUUCUGCCCAAAUUUUAAUGUUGUCCAAAUUAGAUUGCAUAGAUUUAGCCUUUUAGACUUCAUCUGUUGCAAAAAUAAUAGAAAAGGUUGAAAGGAAGAACAAGUAGUAUAUUUUAAAACCUUUGCUUAGUCAUACUUAUAGUCAAAUUGAUUUAUUAGCCUUGAUUAACCUAUAGGAAUCCCAAUUUUAAUGUAGCUUAUUCAACCCAUUUGUAAGGAGUGUAUGCAACCUACUACAACCCUGAAGCAGUGUGUUUGUGGUACAAUAUGAGGUGGCUUGAUGGGCCCUGGAAACCACUGAUCUAGAUAACUGUAAUGGUUAGAGUGCUGUUUGCAAUAAAACACUUUUGAUCAGCUGUAAAUACUGUGUUUUUAGGACAUUACAGCGAAAGCCUCCUAGUUCAUUAAAAAUGUUUCCUCAAAAUGAGUUUGUCGUACUUUGUCUAAUAAAGGCUUGGGUAAAGAAGAAAACCCAUAAUUGGCUUCUGCAGUUAAAUGAUAUCCAAAAAUGGCAAUUAUUUCUGUAUAGCUACAUAGUUGGCAUCCCAAUUUCCUCUCAUGUCAGAUGAGAUCAACAUAUCACUUUUCUUAUUUUACAUUUAAUUCAAGUAAAGAAUUUCGACUAUGGUUUGUAAGCUAGAAAUGUAGUUAGACUGUGUCAUUAAUGCAGGACUAUUAAUUCAAUUUCCAUAUACUUAUUUGUUCCUGUCAAUAUUUUCCUACAUAGUGAUGGUUGGAAUGUGAAAUUUGUAUGUUUGUGUCAACUCUGUGAUCCCAUAUAGCAGUUUAUCAUAAAACAGCCAUCAUCACCCACAUAUAGUCCCCUAGUUGGUUCAGGAGCUCUGUAUUGGUUAAUCUUUUUUUUUUUUUUUUUUAUUAUUAUUAUAAACUAAAUGGUCUGUUAUUAGGAGCACAUUUGUGUCUAUUCUAAAAAGUCUAUGCUCAUUGAUAUUAGUGGAUGGUCUGGCAGCUGAGGUACUUUCUUGGUGACUUACUGUUUACAGUAGAAUUGGCAUUUCAUUAUAUGCAGAGAUUAAAGUUGUGUGCUUUUGUAGCAAUAUUCAAAUUUAAUAUAUGAUGGAGUUAAUACCAACACAUGCCCACUCGGCAAUUUAGUUACUAUGCCUCACUUUUGAUUUUGUGAGAAGUGUAAGCCUUUGUAAUUUAAUUCACCUCUUUUUUCAAAUGUCUUGCUGUACUAAUGGAUAUGGUGGAGAAUAUUGCUGUUUUGACCUCAAUACCUUCUGUCAUCUGAACCUCGCCCCUUGAUAUAAUUAAAAAUUUUACUCCAAAGUGUAGAAAGCUAUUGGUGCUGGUUACUUAGCCUGUCAUUGCCAUCCAAGCCUCUCCAUUAUCUUGGUGACACUGUGGGGGCCGGGAGUUUGGUUCCAGGAGAGCCCUGUAGUUUGUUUUUUGGGGGGGUAGUAAACUAAAUCAUAGUGGUUAUGAUGCAUGGUGUACCUUUUUAAUGUGCAGUUCUGUGUAUCCCUCUUCUAACAAACUAAUUUUGCCAACUUGCAAUUGGUAGCUUACAGUAUUGAUGAUCAAUAAUAUUAUUGCAUAAAGCUCUGCAGAAUGCAUGCUUAUGAGUGCAUAUAUUACUGUAGACUGCAUGUGAUGACAUUUUCUCGUAUGGCAUUAUGGCUUUGAGAAUGGGAAAUAGGGUUACUAAAGUAGAAAUAUCUUUGGCGCUUUUUUUCGCCCUUGUCCCUGGUAUCGGGGAUUUGGACAGCAAUCAAAGGGAAAUUAUGUUACAAAUGGAGUCAACGUUUUAGAUGGAGAUCCAAUAUUUAUUGUUGCUAUGAUCAUGAUACACAGUGUGUGUGAGAUAACUGUAUGGACCAGCUGCUAUCUUUCAUCUCCAUGCAAACCAGCUUGUGGCACCAGGAGUGCAGAAAAUAGUUUUCCCAUUUUUGGCCUUGUUCUUUGUUCAGCGAUGCCUCUUACUGUUAAAGGGCAUCUUUGACUGCUAUUAAUUUUGAUGGAGGGAAAUUGUACAAAAUGGUAAAAUAGUCUAUUGCAUGGAAGCAAUCCAAGUUAAAUAAAACAAACUACCAGUUACAGUCUGAACGUGAGCUUCUAACAGGCUAUUGCCUCUAGUUGCAUAAGCAGUCCCACUAGGGAUGUAAUGCACAUGUGGGUUCACACAGUAGAAAGCUCCCAGUUUACAUUUGUGACUUGUACAUUAAAAUACAGAUCAACCAAUUCUAGUUUUUCGAGAGCCAAUUCUGAUAAAGAUUAUUGGUUUCCUUUUGGGCCGAUUGUCGAUAACGGAUACCGAUAUUCUAUACAUUUUAAAGUGUUUUUGUUUUUUUUUUUUGUUUUUUUUUUUUUAAAGACCAGACAAUUUCUACACAAAUCUAGUAUUAACUGAAUAUGCUGUCGGCAAUCACGCUCAAAUCACUCUGUAUGUCAGCCCAGUACAUUUCAGUAUUCACAGGGAGAAAUAAAGUGAGGUUGUGACAUGGCACCUCUUUGGCUGACCACUAGAAUUUUCGGGUGCGGAACACUGGGAAAGCAAAUCAUUGGUAAAUACAAUUCAUUGAUUCAAUUCCUCUCUAUGAGGAGAUGCUGAUUGGCCAGGGCUGUGUUUUGAAUCAUGCUGGCUCUGCCCCUGGUCUGCCUCCUUGUCAGUCUCCGCAAAUCCUAUGGGGAAGCAUUGAUUGGAUCAGGCUACCACUUCUGAUGUCAGCAGACAGCUUGUUUUUUCUGAGACAAACAGCAUGCAGAUCUACAUCUUCAGGCUUGAAUGCUGUAAGAUUUUUGAUAGAUAUAUAGAUAUUAUUUAUGGAGGCAUGAGGAGCCAAAGGGGGCUAGAUGGUGGUUUUAACACUAUAGGGUCAGGAAUACACGUUUGUGUUCCUGACCCUCUAGUGAUCCUUUAAUUUACAUGCUCGGCCAUGACUUCUCUCAUAAGAAUUUCCCAAUAGGAAAGCAUUAUUCAAUGCUUUCCUGUGGUGUUUUGGGUGAUGCUGGAUGUCCUCAUGCAUAGUCGCCUAACCACCUGGAAGUCCCUCUUGUGGCUGUCUGGUAGACAGCCACUAGAGGUGAAGUUAACCCUAGAAAGUAAUUGCAGUUUUCAAUAAUUACCUGAUCAGGGUUAAGGGACUUAAUGAGCUGAAGUGGUCUGGGUCUCUUUAAGCCAAUGUCACAGAGGGCGUAUGACAGUGAAAGAUUUAUAAUGUAAGAAGUAAGUUAUAAUGUGAAAAACAUAAACAUCAAAUCUUUUUAUUUAUUUGUAUAUAAUUCUAGGAAGAGCACAACUGAAAAUGGGUAGUAAGUAGUGUGGUAUUAAAAGUACCGUGUGCUCUUUUUACCUCUUAAGGACCAAACUUCUGGAAUAAAAGGGAAUCGUGACAUGUCACACGUGUCAUGUGUCUUUAAGGGGUUAAGGAACAAAAUCCGCUCCCAUACCGGAUAUAUACAAAUAAUAGAAAUAAUAAUGAUCCCAAGGCACACCAAGGUUUUGCACGUAAGAAAAGUGUUUAUUCAUGCAUAAAGAGUACAUCAAAAUAUCCUGACAAAGUGCAUAACCAGUUAAUAGUACCAAAACCACAAUAAUAAUAAUAAUAAAGUGCUAAAUGCAAACACCCAUUAAAAAUGUAUACUGACCAUGAGCAGGAGAAAUAAGUUUCGGCUAUAAAGCAUACCUCUGGGGGACCUCUCAGAGGAAGGCUUCAUUGCCGAAACGUUUUGGGUUUUCAUUUCUCCUGCUCGUGGUCAGUAUACCUUUUUAAUGGGUGUUUGCAUUUAGCACUUUAUUAUUAUUUAUUGUGGUUUUGGUACUAUUGGUUAUGCACUUUCUUUCUGUCAGGAUAUUUUGAUGUACUCUUUUUAUGCAUGAAUAAACGCUUUUCUUAUGUGCAAAACCUUGCCUUGGGAUCAUUAUUAUUUCUAUUUAAUUGUAUGUAAUAAACAACAAUGUGAUUACAGCACAAGAAAGUGUAAUUGAACAGAACUGAAACCCUUUUUUUCUAUUGUCUUGUGUGUAAAAAAAUAAAAAUAAAUAUAUUAGUUUAGAGCUGUGAACAAAAAUUCUAAACUUAGUCCCUUUUUAAAAAAACUUGCAUUAAAAUGUAUUCUUACCACUUUUUUUUUUCCCUCCAUUUCUAGUUGGUGACAAAGUACCAGCUGACAUACGCCUUACAUCUAUCAAAUCCACAACUUUAAGAGUCGACCAGUCUAUUCUCACAGGUAUGUGUUUUAUUUAUUUUAAAUUUGUUUUAGUUGUCCCGUGUGAUAGUUGAUUUCAGAAUUUGUAGGUAAGGGGUUAAAUCUGCAUUUAAUCUAUUCCACUUACAUACAGUUUAUGCCGUUGGUUUAAAAAUGCCCUUGAAUAGCUAUCCUUGGACUGUCGCAAGUGAUGGGUUUCAUCUUUCUAUUAAUGCUGUUUGUCCAUAUUCAAAUCUGUUAAAAAGGCCAGUACCUCUCAAAUUUUGCAAAGCCUUGUGUUGGUGCCGUGAGUGUUCCUACGCUGUCCAUUUAACUUAAAAGAACAGAAAUGUUAACAUUGUUAAGGUUUGGGGAAAAAAAUAAUUCCAAAGCACUCUACAACUGCUGGGAGAUGAUUUAAUGUGUAAACAUAAAACAAAAAUUGUCCUCUGCUUCCGCCUUUGUUUUAGGAUUAAAAAGAGAGAGAGAGAGAGAUAUCUCUUCUGCCCCAUCUUUCAUUUUUUCUAAUUCCCGCAAACUGCUAGAAGCAUUUGUGGACUAUUUAAAACUGGCAAUAUUUAUAUGUUGGGCAUUUAAUUAUUUUUCUCAAACCAAUGUAUCUCAAAAGUUGGACAAUGUGGAUCUGUUUAAAUUCCACAUGCUACAAUGAUUUUUGAAUACUCCAUCACAGGGUCAAACGAAUUUCUUUUUGUGGUUUAGCAUUUUAAAUUACAACACUUGCUAAUCUUGCUAGUAAAAAAGAGGAGCUACUUUUAGAAUUUUAAAACUCCAUACUGCUAUAAAACCAGUAAAAAGUAAUUGUAAAUCAGAACUGAUGGAACACUAUUCUAUAUAAAAAUGAGUGGGGGGGAAAGUGGACGUUCCUUCUAAUUUUUGUAUUUUUUCACAAUAUUGUAAGCAAACUGUUUACAUCUGCCUUUUUCCCCCCACUCCAUAGGAGAGUCUGUAUCUGUUAUUAAACACACUGACCCAGUCCCCGAUCCUCGUGCAGUGAAUCAAGAUAAAAAGAACAUGCUAUUUUCUGUAAGUACAUAUAGGUUUUUACUGGAUGUACCUUUGAACUUUAUUAUAUACAUUUUUUCUGGUAUUUGUGUAUAGAAAGUUUUUUUUGUUUUUUGUUUUUGUGUGUGUGCGUUUUUAACAAUGCCUUUUAGGGCAUAUGUGACCCCUGUGUAUUCCUGCUGGAUAUGGGAGGCGACCGCAUGAACUUUAUUGAGGACAGUGUAUAUAACUUCUGUUGCAGACCUCAAACAUUACUAAGGGUACCUGCAGAAAUCUAAAACACAAAGCCUCUGUGCUUAUUUGCAUGUCAAGCUGGGAAAUUUAUGGAAAUAUGAUUUAUAGAGUUUUUGUGCCGAAGUGUGACUUUCCAAAGUCCAUCUUGAUAUAUGAAGGUGAUACAGAGCAGUAAUUUCUAUAUAUAGUUUUGAUUUAUGUAAAAUUUCUCUUUUGACUGGUUUCUGCCAAAUUUGAAGGGUUGGAUUAUUGCAGCACAUGAUUUAUUAUUUGCCUCCUAUCUAACAUUACCAUUACCUGCCAGUCAGACAGGACCUUGGCUGUUAAACCGCGAUCUGUGUGUACAAUUCGGAUCAAAGCUCUGUCCUGUAAAUCUGUCAAAUUCAAACUACCCUGCCUGUUGUUUUGCAGGCUCUUCCUGUCUUUAGGCACAGUAAAGAGCCAGGUAGUUACUGGGGCCAUCCUGCAGGCUUUUAUAGUGUUUUAUGAUUGUUCAUUGGCUAUAUUAAUUAACACAGCCAUUAAGAAAAUAUAUUGAGUUUUUUUUCAUUGAAGAAGCUGGUUAUGGGGCAGGAGAUGUACUGUAUCUUUCAUCAUAAAAAUGGUGCCUGUAAGAAAUAAUUUGUAUCUAUUUUUCAUUUGUCAUUCUUUAUAUCUUAACCCUAUGAGUGCCAAACGUAGACGUGCCUGAUUUGCAGAGUUAAAUGUUUGUAAACAUGUUCUCUUCUUUGAAAGAUCUUAAUAGGUGGCAAAUGUAUCAUUACGGGUUUUUGCUAACCAUCUUAAAAUAUGAAUAUAAAUGGUAUAAAGUGACAGUGCUACAUAAAACAUUUUAUCUAUUAAUAGAACGUGUGUGUCUGUGUGUAUUUAAAAUAUAUAUAUUUUUCCUUUAUAGGGUACAAACAUUUCUGCUGGCAAAGCUAUUGGUGUGGUAGUAGCUACGGGAGUAAACACAGAAAUUGGAAAAAUCCGUGAUGAAAUGGUAGCAACAGAGCAAGAGCGGACCCCUCUGCAGCAGAAACUUGACGAGUUUGGCGAGCAACUUUCAAAAGUUAUCUCUUUGAUUUGUAUUGCUGUUUGGAUCAUCAAUAUUGGACACUUCAAUGACCCUGUCCAUGGAGGUUCUUGGAUGCGAGGGGCUAUUUAUUAUUUUAAAAUUGCAGUUGCCCUUGCAGUUGCAGCUAUCCCAGAAGGUUUGCCUGCUGUCAUCACCACUUGUUUGGCUUUGGGAACCAGGAGAAUGGCAAAGAAGAAUGCAAUUGUUAGGAGCUUGCCAUCAGUUGAAACACUAGGCUGUACAUCUGUGAUCUGCUCUGAUAAGACUGGUACUCUUACUACAAAUCAGAUGUCUGUGUGUAGGGUAAGAUCUUUUUAAUUGCUAUACUUUCCACUUCUCACCUGGGUAAUCUUAACGAAGUGUGCUGCUUGAAGCUGCUCCAUUGAUUUCACAAACACAAGCUUAAAUAUACAUAUCAAUACAUUAUUUCAGCUCAACUUUGUUAUAUUUCAGAUUAUAACGGUUCGUUAUGUACAGAUGCUGUAAUGAAUGAUUGGAUUGGCUUGCAAUGGCUUGUAAACCUUUUAAUCUUGUGGUAUUUCUGUCUAGACACCAAAUUGUCAUCCCUAAAAUAUAAUUCAGAUCCUAUCAUAAAGAUAUGUAAUCUUUAUGAAAUGCUCAUAAAGACUGAAAUACCAAUGUAGUAAUAAGGGUAUCUUAAAACAAUGUGGGGACUACGUGCCCAUACUUGACAAAAGGUGGAGUUGCCGUCGUCAAGUUUUCUCCCUUCCCACUGCUGUCGAUAAAAUGUAUUUUUUAUGUAAAUUAUCGAAAUACAACACUGUCUCUGGUUAAAGUAGCUCUGUCAUCUGUACCUGUCUCCUUCAGCUCCUGGUGCAUCAGCGGCCAGGAGCCCAUGUCCGCAUUAUACACUUGCACAUGCAUGAUCUUUAUGAAAUACUAAUUUUGAAGGAGAGGAUGACAUGCUGCUUUAAGGACUUUGUCUUAUUUACAUUCCCUACAGAUUUUCCUAAAUGCACCCGGUUAUUGCUUAAAGGAAAACUAUAGUGUUAGGAAUACAAACACUAUUGUGCUCUCUAGUUGUCAUCUUCAUUAUACAGCCUCAUGCUAGGCUAAAAAUCUAUAUUUAAUGCUGCAUAACCAUUGGACUGUAAUGUCUAAAAUUUUAUUUUUUAAAAUAAAUACCAUUAAAUUAAAGGAACACUAUAGGGUCAGGAACAUAAACCUGUAUAGUGUUAAAACCACAAUAUAUCCCUUGCACGCCUAAAUAUAGUAAAAUUGUACUUUUAUUCCAGUCUGCAGUUGCUGGUUUUGCCCCUGAGCUGCCUGCUUAGCUGACAUUAGAAAUGUUGCACAAAAGCCUAUAACAAUGCUUUUACAUUGGAUUGGCUAAGACUGUCAAGUAGGCAGAUCAGGGGCCAGCACAAGCCAAACAAGACCCUGGCCAAUCAGCAUCUCCUCAUAGAGAUCAAUGCAUCUCUAUGAAAAAAGUUCAGUGUCUUCAUGCAGAGGGUGGAGACACUGACAGUACUGCACCUCUAGCAGCCAUCUAAAGAGUGACCAGUGGAGGUUAUAAUGUAAACACUGCCUUUUCUCUGAAAAAAAUUUACUGCAAAAGGGAAUGAUUACACUCACCAGAACAAAUACAAUAAGGUGUAGUUGUUCUGGUGACUAUAGUGUCCCUUUAACCCCUUAAGGACCAAACUUCUGGAAUAAAAGGGAAUCAUGACAUGUCACACAUGUCAUGUGUCCUUAAGGGGUUAAAAUACAAAAUCUGAUUUUAAAUAAAAAUCAAACCUGUUCUUAAAUGAUAGAUACACAUUUCGAUUAUACAUUGUUCUAGCAGCGUUGCUAGCAAAUGUCUGGAUUUCUCUAAAAUCACCAAAUAAAAAAAAAAACCAUUAUCUGGCCAUUAAUUGUCUCACUUGCUACAUGAAGUCUUCCUUCACACCAUAACACUUUCUAAUGAAUGUUACAGUAACAAUCACGGAGGAGGUAUUUGUUGCUUUUUGCUUUUCUUCCAGAUUUGGGUGCUGCUUUUAUAAUCUCAUUGCUGUUGAGAGCAUGAUGACUUUUAUGAGAAUAGUUACUGCCUGUAAUAUGUCAGCUUGGCAAAUGAAGAGAAAAACGCAGUCAGAAUUGGUUGUUUUUGUGAUGCUGGAAGUGUGCACUACUCCCUUUUUUAUUUUUUCCCUUCAUUUUAUUUAGUAGUGAAUAUCUAGAUGAUCUUUUUACAUACUUGUGCUGGCAUCAGUGAGCUCAUUGGACCAUGUGGAUCAGUAGAUUAAUAUCUUCAGUGAUGGAAAGACAGGAAGAGGUCUCUGCCAGGUAGAAGGCAAAAAAAGAAUAGGAAGUAUUGUGCUCAGAUGUGUUGGACUUAAAAAAUGAUUCCUGUUUGUUAAAUGUUUUUCAGUCUAUGAAAAUGUUUGCAGCACAUUUCCGAGUAUUUACAAUUUCACAACUCUUUAUGUUAAGAAAGAUAUUGGAUUUGUUUUCUUGGGUAGCUGCUCAUUGAUCAUUCCACAAAGCCAAUGUAUUCCAAAGAAAACAGUGUUUGCCUGCAUUUCCAAAGUCACCUUGAAUUUUUGAGCGGCACGGCUAUAUUUUCUGGUUUGCUCUUUCAAACUAUUAUUUCCUUCAAUUAUUACAUCUCUAGUCAGCCCAGCCUGUGGUGCAUUGUCUUGCUGCUAAAUUGACCGUUCAUCCAUGACUGACUUUCUGUCGCUCGCAGCAUUCUAAAUAGAAAUGGGAGUGAGCUAUUGACAGAAUCAUAAAAUAAAGUUGUCUCUCUAAAGAUUUCACUUCAAAUAACCAUCUUUUUAUGUAGCUCGAGGGGCAAACAAUGAUUGAAUAAGCCCUAGAAAAUGGAUUAUUGCUUCAUUCACAUACCCUUUUUUAAGGCUUUCUGCUUCAGGACUACAGCUACACAGAAUUGAAGAUGGUGAAAACCUUUUGAAAUUUUUUUUUCUUUUUAUAAAAAAUGUAAUUCCCUAUUGUAGAAAUCUGUAACGUGACUUAUGAAUGAUGUGCAGGGUUACUGAUUUCAUCUGUACGUUAAUGAAACUUGCAUUUCUAUGCUGGGGAGCAGAUGCUUAUUGGUAUUCACAAGGAUACUACUUGCAGUGCUGUUUUCAUAAUUCCUGUAUUUGGAGAGUUGUUUUUGCUAAGAAAGGAUUGUUCAAUUCAAUAUUUUGUCGCUGUAAUGACAUUUAUAUUUUGCAAUAACUGGGAGGGGGUCCCUUUGUAUGCUGCAAUAUUAUAUAUCUACCGUAUUUUCCGGCGUAUAAGACGACCCCCAACUUUUCCAGUUAAAAUAUAGAGUUUGGGAUAUACUCGCCGUAUAAGACUACCCCUCUUCCAAUGCACACCAAAUAAAAAUUAGCCAUGAUGUACAGUGAGCAGGCAGAGCUACACAGCAAGACUCCCCAAUCCUCCCUACAUUCUUCUCACCUCACCUUCCCUGUGCAGGGUGGGUGGCCGAGCUCCUCUUCGUCCUGUCAGUCCGGCCGGGUACCGCGCGAUACAGGAGAUUCAGUUACCUGUUCCCGGCCGGACUGAAAGGAAGUGAGCACUCAGUGUGCACUUCCUUUCAGUCCAGCCGGGAACAGGUAACUGAAUCUCCUGUACCGCGCGGUACCCGGCCGGACUGACAGGACGAAGAGGAGCUCGGCCACCCACUCUGCACAGGGAAGGGGAGGUGAGAAGAGAGGCAGUGCGGCAGCCGUCUGAGCGCUCUCUAUAGAGCGCUCAGGCGGCUGCAGCAUUAGAAGGGCCGGCGAUGGGUGCGCAGGGCACCCCCGGAAGAUAGAUAUAGAUAGAUAGAGAGAGAUAGAUAGAUAUAUAGAUAUAUAUAUAUCUUGAUCGACCCCCGACUUUGGAGAAGAUUUUCCAGGGUUAAAAGUCAUCUUAUACGCCAGAAAAUACAGUAUAUGUUUGCUUCCCUUCCAUUUUUUUUUUCUCUUCAUUUUAUGAAAGUUAAACCCUUAAAGACUAAGGCAAUUGUACAAGUAUUGACCAAAACCUAGAACUUGAUCUAUGUCUUUUAAACCACAAUUGACUUCUUUCAUAUUAAGUGCCCCUACACUUAAUAUAAUUUUAUUCAGGAGAAAUAGGGUGUUCAUUUCACAUCCAACAUUUAUAUCUGAAACUAUAUUUUAUUUUCCAAGUUCAUCAUGGUAUUUUUAACUGUGAAUGUUAUAAUACUGUGUUUCUACUGUAAUAUAAUACACACAGUUGUAUUUUGUGAUGCCACCCCAUGUACAGCUGUUUGGUGUUUUAAAGUUAUAGGAUCAAAUCUAGGGCUUACCCAUUUCAGUUUGUACACAUUGAAAUUUGUCAGGUUGUUUUGCUGGGCCUAUGUUGUCUUUGAGACUGUAUGGCAGCCCAGGAAUGCGAAUUACCCCCAUCAUGUCCUACCAUUUGAUGAUUCAGGGUAUUCAAAAUGGGGUAUGUCCAGCCUUUUUUUUAUUUUAUUUUUUAUUUAUUUUUUAAUUCUUUAUUUUGGUUGUGCAGAUAAUUACAGGUUCUCAACAGAUGCCACAACGGCGUGUUUCAGGAGUUACAGAAAUUAAAUUGUGGCAUAGAAGUUUGCACAUUUUCUUUAUAUAGAGAUAACAAGCUUGACUGAACAUUUAUCUUGUUAGAAUAGCAUUUGGGUAAAUGAUAUUCAGCAGGUUAGGUGUGCUAGUUAGCUGGACAGUUGUGAUGUAGGUUGUAGGCAUUGUGUUUGUUAAUGGUGUGUUAGGAGAGACAACCACAAUACAAUGCUAGCUAGACAUUUUGAACAGCCUAUUGAAAUGCAGCUAUUAAUUCGUACUGUAUAUGUUUGUUGCAAGUUGCUAAGCAAAAGGGUGAAAAUAACUAUCACUGUGCUUGGUAGGCUAUAUGAACUGCUUGACAGUAGAGAUUAUGGUGUAUGCGCUAUGUGUGCUGAGUUACCAAUGCAGCUUGUGUGAGUAUGGGUGAGGCUAUAGGUAGGUAUGCUUAUCUUGUGGUCGCUUGGUCUCAAGUGAAGCCCCCCCCCUGCAGUCCAUGGCAGGAGCAACGGGAAGGGAUGUUAAAGCUUAAGUGCAUGCAUACAUUUAUAAGAGUUCAUCUGGGUUGUGGGAAGGUAAGGGAUAUUAGGCACUUUGCCUGUCAUUGAGACCCAGUCCUAGGUGGUUCAUCCGAUGCCCCGUUGGGGGUGGUUGUGCUCCCCUCGCGCUGUCAGUUGCUCAGUGCUGGGCUCCGGUUCGCCCUGAGAGUAGCGUGUGUUCCCGGUUGGGAUUUUUGUGGGUCGGCGUGGACACUGGCUGCUGCCGGUUCGAGUUAGUGAUGUUGUGGUCGCGGUCGGGUUAGGUUUUACGCUCCGCCGUCUGCGUGGGCUGCCUUGAUAUGUUUUGCCCCCCUCGAGUCUGCGCUGGUUCACUGCCUUUCUGUUGGGCUGUCUGUGAGGCUGUAUCCCAGGAUUUCCUUUAGUUUGAAUUGAGUCUUUGGAGGGCUGUAUUGGGCUGUGGAGGGUGCGUGGUGGUGAGUGAUCCAGUGCCGUGCCCAAGGGUGCCCCCCUCGCUGUCGGCUGCACGUGGCCCCUCUCACCUGCUCUCUUGGGGGUUUUCCGACUUGUCUGUGCGCUCUGUGCUCGGAGCUGCAGUUUCUCCCAGAACUUGGCGAACAGCUCAUCAAUGCGCCUUGUGAGGUCGGUGCUGCUGUCUGGACGCUGCUUUGGGAUUGCAGGCUGGAACCGCUGUCGUGGUGAGUACUCAGCCGCCAUCUUGUGCGUGCCUUGUGUGUCGCCGGCCCUGGAGUUCUACUGUGUCUCGUCUGUCUGUGCAGGUGUGGCACUCCGGGCUCACGGCGAGGACCGGGAUAUCCCCCUCCGGUCCGGGGGGGGGGUUAGGAGGUUUGAGGGUCGAGGUGCUUCUGCAGCAGGCUGGCAGAGAGGAGAGCGGCCGUCUCUCCCUCUCCUUCUGUCUCGCAGGCCUCGGCAACCGCAGUGUGGGUCUCCGGGUCGUCAGGCUAGUGAUUUGGGUAUCGGAAGAUGUGCCCGGGCGUCCCCCAUACGGUUAUGCCUCACCCGAGCAAAACAAAUCGUUUGUUUUGUGUCGGAGCUCGGACCUGGCACGUCCGCUCGGUCUGGAUGUUAGGCUCCGCCCCAUGUCCAGCCUUUUUAUUGUAGUCUCAAACCCUGGUCAAAGUUAGUGUAAAUUGUUUUUAACCCUUUUUCACACAAACUGUACUUUCAGUCUAAAACACUCAUGUUUGUGUUCUGUGAUGUCUUGUGUGUUUAACAGUAACCCCACGCCAUGAACAGGUAUCAUGGGGUUUUGGAAAGUUGCAGGGUCAAAUAUAGGGAUUGCCCAUUUUUCAGUCUUCGUGCCUGUAAAUUAGGCUAAGAAAAUCACUUUGUCAAUGUCUUCUUUGAAAGAGUAUGGCGACACAGGCCCAUGGCUGGGCUUAACGUAAACAGUUGCAUGCCAAGGUCAGGGGAAUUCAGAAGUCAGAGUAGUCUGUAUAAUAAACCAAUAAGUGUUUGCAGGCAACUAGCAAAGAAUAAUCAGGGAAGCUGGGGUCAAAAAUACAGAAAAAUCAAACUGACAAAGUUCCAUACAGAAUGCUUUAAUAGUUUAGCUAUGUGUGGUAGACUCUGAAAUCAUCUGUUAUGCAGAGGGCAGGUAAUGAUGUGCAGGAAGGACAGUUGUAUCCGAAGUCCUAUUGGACUCCUUUCUUGAAGCAAAUGCAACACUUUCUCCUGGGUAACUCUCUAUUGGGUGUGGGGGGUAGGAUUCGGGAAGGAAAGUACUUGACACACGGUCUUCUUCAUCUCCUGAUUCCAAAGUGGGAGGACUUUGGGGACUGUGUAACUAGAAUAUUGGACAAUAGUUUCAACAGAGAAUCAUUAAAUGGGUGUGGCUUCCCUUUGGCUGCUAUUUUUUUUAAUAUAACAAAGAUGUAUUGAAAAUUGCAACCUGUCUUAAACCGAUUGCAAUUUUCUUGUACAAGGUCUUACUUUUUCAGUUCACCAGAUAAGGCGGUCUACAUUGAUCAUCUUCUGGUCUACAAAGCACUUUGCUUUUUCCAGGUGCUCAGUUCUUCCUCUGACAUACUGGCACUGUACCUUUGUUGUGCAUUGUAGACCGCAUGCAUACAUCUUUCUUUAUCUUAACUAAUAAAUAGAAACACCAUGCAAGUACGGUAAACAAAGGUAUUUUUAAACACAAAUUAGCUGGGCAACUAGCAGUCAUCUUGUCUUAAGUUGAACCUCUCACUCCACAAAACUUCAUUGUACAGCUAGUUUCAAUAGCACAAUGUAAACUGUACAAAUCAAAAGCUUGCCAGGCACCCAGUAGUGCAUCAGGAAGUGAAUGUUGCAUUGUUACUUACAAAGUGAAAGGUAUCUAUUGUAUUUUGCCUUCCUUGUAAGAUAGUGUUCCCUCUGAGAAGGGGAAUCUCUGCCAAAAAUGUAUUAAUAAAAGAACAAAAAUGCUAAAAAAAAUAAAAAAUAUAAUAUAUAUUAUUUUGAAGGGGGAUUUGACAGUGUAUGCUGUCUGCUGCACAAUUACAGACAAAUGGCCACCUGCUUUGUUUAGUUUGUCAAGUUACAUGACAAUAAGUCUUGUUUGAAACUGAAGAAUGGUGAUCACAUCUGUUAAUGUAGCAAUUAUGAAACAUGGCUUAUUUUAUAAAAAUGACAUAAGCAAGUUAUAUUGCUUCUUGACAAAUGAAACACAAAUAGUUUCUCAAACGCAACGAACUAUGCACAUCUGCACAGUUCUGCAGAAAGUUGUCAUAAUGGACUGUACCCAUUAGGAUGAGUCUGCUUCAAGCCCUAAAACAAAGUAAUUUUAGUACUUUUAAUAGAUGUUUAACAUGUAUGCCAGCCAUACAUGUUAAGCAGGGUAUGCUAUUUUUCUCUUGUUUAAUUAGCUCUAGCAUGAGUAGUGCCUAUUUCUAGUAAUUGUUAUAUGAAAUGUCGGGGCAGCUAACAGGGAUAACAUUUUAAAUUAUUUUAAAUCCUUUUUAUUUAUUAUUGCCAUCUCAACCCCUUGAUGCAUGGACAAAACCUGAAAAUGUAAUUUAUCCUGUUGAGCUCCAUUGACAUUUUUGUUGUGUUUUUGUCUUUACCCAGCAGAGAAACUUAUUUUUUUACCCCUCAGAAAAAAAAAAAAAAAGCAUACUGUUGAAAAAAAAUAUGUAAGGCACUUUUUUGGUCAAAUCUUCUGUUUAGGGACUAAACAUUUAACUUUUUCUCCAUUACUGUGAAAAAUUAAGUUGGCAGCAUUCUUUCAUCCAGGUAGUGCCCUUGGCACUUGAAAAGACUUCUGUGCUGACUGUAAUAGCAGCGGGCUAUGACCUGUAUUAUACAGAAAACUGUACAUACCACAUGAGGGGUUUAUAUUGACAGUUGAUGGCAUUUGGGGGAAAUUUCAUCUCUCAAUAUUCUAUCUUUAUCCCUCUGAGUGAUCUGAAAAAUCCAGGCUGAUAAUGGCAACAUAAAAAUGUCUUAUGGCUCCUAGUAGUGCCUCCCUCCAUGGGUCAGAGAUCAAAAGAUGUCAUCUGAUAGGCUUCCCUUGUGUACUUACUUGGUGUAGUCCUUUUCCAUCCCAUAUGUUGCUUACCACUGGUGACAGUGAGAAAGGAAAGAAGAUUUGUUGUCUGCUGUUUCUGAAUGAUGUCUUGGCAAACACAGACUUUCCCACUCUUUCUCUUGAGCGCUGCAUUCUGGCAGAGCGGGAUGGUAGUAGCAUCAUCCCAGCGCGCGGUUUGAAUAUGGUGCAAGGGGAGCAGAAACGUAAGGACUAUUUUACAGUAACGGGUUGGAAGACAGGUAGCAUUUUCCUCUCUUUUUAAAUACACAGAUUAUUCUGAGUGUAGUAUUUGGUACACUUGGAGGAUAACAGACAAGAAAAUGCAUGUGUGUAAUGCUUUCAUACAAGCUGUAGUAGUAUCGGUGUGUAGUGGUAUUAUCCCCACUACUGGACGUAAGCGUAGGUAGGGUCACUUUUGUCAAUCACAAUGGAACAUGUAAUGACUGAAUAAAAUCCAAUAGUGCAAUAUUGUAAGUACAGAGUACAUAAUGUCUUGAAUAAUAAAGGAAAUUUUAAUAGGAGCUUGUAUAAAAACUCUAUAACAUGUGACUGCAUUAGGCUGUAGUGGUUCUGGUGACUAUAGUGUCCCUUUAAGAACUGUAUUCUUGUCGCUGAACAUGAAGCUUUUGAUAGUUAAACAUACUUGGCUCUUAACUUUUUUUAGCUAGUUACUAGAAUCUAAGUAAAUUUGUCAAGCCCUGCAUUAAGUGGUGCUACUAGGCUGAGACUGCUAUUCAGUACAGUAUUUUUUGUUCACUUUAAAUGGCAUAUUUUAUGCUUGAUUUGUCUUAUUGCAAAUAAUUAUCUGCUUGUGGAUUCCUGAAAGUAAAACUUUGUUCAUUCAUAAAAUUUGAACGUUUUCAUUUUUGUUCAUUAAACCCCAAAAAAAGUUUGCAAUUAUACGGUAUCCCUUCGAAAGUUGUUCAACUAAGCACCAGUGUCACAAAGGUCAGCAUCCCAGCUUCUGUUUUGGUUUUUUUUCUACAAGGAACCCGCUGGCACUUUUGAAAUGCUGUUUUCAAAAUACCAUUAGAAUGCAGAUUGACUUUAUGGGUAUAAUUCCUGCAUAGCUUAAAAGCAGUCGCCUUGUUAGUACCUGAUAACUUUCUUUCGGGGGUCGUCGCAAACACUUUGCUGCAAGUGUACUUCUCUCUGUAUAAUUUUAUUUUGAUUUUGAAAAAAAAAAAAAAAAAGCUUAAGGGCAGUAAUCAAAACUUAAUGGAACACAUCUUAAUACAUAACUUUACCAUAAUCUGUUUUAAAAUGUACAAUAUGGAACGCCUUUUUCUUUACAGGAAACUCAGGAUUUCCCUUUUACUUGUCAUUAGUCUAACACUUGUGUUGCAAAUUACUCAUAAAAUAUUAACAUACACAAUUACAUCAGGGCUCGACAAAUCCCAGGUAGCCAUGGCGACUAAGAAUUUUGCCCUGCGUCCUGGGAUUGGUUAGCCCGUUCCCUCCUCUUCCUAACUCAAUCGCCGUGUAGGGCUCUGUGCGCCAGUGUACCGGGAGGAAGUGAACUCUAAUUACUUUCUCCCAGCGCUGAGGCAGCACAGCAGGACACCUGGCAAAAUCGUCUGUUUGCCUCCCACCCACAUUUCUCAGACCUGACCGCCUGCCUAAUCGUUCCCCUACGCAGCUUCAGCACCGGGAGGAAGUAAUUGCAGAUCCCUUAACUUCCUCCUGGCGCACAGUGAGCUGCACAUGAUAUCGAAACAGGUGGAGGAAAGGAGUCUUGACCAGAGGCAGCCCAUUCCCAUUAGGCGCAGCCAGCCCCACCAAUCUGCCUCCAGCUGUGCUCAAUCCCACUGGACCCCAGGGAAGCCACUCUCCUGUGCCCAAAAGGUAGGAAUAGGAGAGUGGCUAAAAAUGUUUUAAUUUUUUUUUCUGUGUGUAUAUAUGCGUGCUGUGUGUGUAUCAAAUAAUAAAUAUCUUGUGUGUGUCUGUCAAUGAAUGUGUAUGUUUAGGUCACCAGCCCCCCUCCAAUCGCAUGGGAAUGUUGUUUUUACUCACAUGUUUUCCAAUGCCUUGCCAGUCUCGCCGUAGCUGGCCCGCCUCCAUAACUGAGAUUAUCAAUUACCAAUCAACAUCUCAUAGUGAAGCAUUAAAGCAGUGCAUCUCUAUGGGGAACUUCAGCGCCGCCUCCACGCUGAAUGUAGGUGCUGCAUAUUGUGAAGCACUGAGAUAGAGACUUUAGUGGCUGUUGGAAUGACUGCCACUAGAGGUGUUACUAGGUAGCAAUUUACACGUUUGUUCUCCCAAAUGAUUAAAUUGUCAUUCGUGCCCUGAAGUCGUGUUUUAAGCUUGCAUAGGUUUUUGUGUAUUUGUAACUCUUCCCGCCCCCCCCCCCUUCCAUCCCAAAUUAUUUUUGUCAUGCAGAAAAAGUGGAACACUGCACACUUACCUGAAUGUGGAUCGUUGUGCAUGUGUAGUGUCCCUUUAUGUACAGAGUAUUUGAUGUUUUUGUAAUGUCCCCUUUUUAAUAUAGAGCUUUGUCUGAUGCACCAUGUGGUGAGGAAGACUCAAGUAGUUUAUUGUGGACCGCUUGAGUGUGUAAUGUGCUUUCUUUUCUAUCUUAAAAUGAGUAUGUGUUUAUGUAAACAGAAGCUAACAUACAUCAGUUACAAGCGAUAUAUCUUAUUUAAAAAGUUUUUUUUGUUUUUUUUUUAUUAUAAUAUUGCAACGGUUACAAUUUAUAAAAUCUUACUAAGAACUCGACAACCCAUACUUCUUAAGCAUACUAUAGAGGUCUCCAAGGCUGCCUUUGUGAAUGAAGAGGGAAACCAUUUAAAAACAAAUGCUAAAUUUUACCUUUUCUGUCAUUCAGAUGUUUGUUGUGGAUAGAGUGGAAGGAGAUAAUUGCUCUCUACAUGAGUUUUCUGUAACUGGAUCAACAUACGCACCCAUGGGAGAAGUGUAAGUAGAAGAUCUUUAAUCCUUCAUUAUAGAUUAUCAUUGCUAGUUAUCACGUUACUUUUUUGCACUGUUUGUAUUGAAAUACAAGGUGAACAUAGAGUCCAUUUGGGUUGUUAGAAUUUGGUAAUCAUACAGUAACUCGUGUAGAUGUGAUUUAUAGGUCCCCAGGACAAAUAGAAGAGUUAGAUCAUCUAAUAGUUGAAGAAAUAGUUAAAAUGCCAACGAAGGGGGAAGUUAUCAUCAUGGGUGACUAUAAUCUUCCCGAUGUGAAUUGAAAAACCAAAGUAGCUGCUUGUGCCAGGAGCACACAUAUUCUAAACUCCCUACUGGGUUAGUCUCUAAAACAAGUCGUUGAGGAGCCAACUCGUAAAGAGGCCAUACUAGAUUUAGUGUUAACAAAUGGAGAUUUGGUAUCAGAUAUUACUGUAGGUGAAAGUUUAGGAUUAUCAGUCAGUGUGGUUUAAUAUAAGAACAGUGACUAAGUCACAACACACAAAAACAAAAGUUUAAGACUUAAGAAAAACAGACAUUUCUAAAAUUAGAAUAUGUGCAAAGGAGUCAUCAGACUGGAGCAAUUUAAAUGGAGUCCAUGAGAAAUGGGAUUAUUUAAAAGUUGUACUGCUAAAGGCAACAGAAAAUGGCAUUAGGCUUGUCAGUAAAAGCAAAAAAUUCAAGAAACCACUGUGGUACUCCGAAGAUGUGACCAAAAUAGUAAAAACAAAAAGUUGGCAUUUAGUAAUUAUAGAUCAUUCUGUCUUUCUCACUCUGGUUGUUGUUUUUUUUUUUUUUUAAUAAGAUUAGGCAGAAAGAGCCUAAGCAAGUUAUAAGAGCUUCCAAAUCGCACACAGUAGAGAAAAUAGCACAGUCAGUAAAAGAAAAGGACAAAACAUAUAUUUUAGAUAAAUGCGAAAAGCAAAGUAAAACCAGGAUUAGUCGGAUUAAAAACAAAAGGAAGGUAUGAAGAAGAGGAUAAAGGUCUAGCUGACUGUCUCAAUUAAUAUUUUUGUUCAGUAUAUACAGAUGAAAAUGAAGGAAAGGGGCCUCAGUUAGGAAAAAGGACAAAUUAGGCAUUUGUUACGUGCGAGUUUACAGAGGAAGAGGUUCUAUUUCAACUUUCAAAAGUAAAGACAAAUAAGUCAAUGGGACCUGAUGGAAUAUACCCAAAGUUAUUAAAAGAGCUUAGUGGUGUACUAGCAAAAGCAUUAACAGAUUUAUUUAACCAAUCAUUGUUAACAGGAGUAGUCCCAGAAGAUUGGAAGUUGGCGAAUGUUGUGCCCAUUCACAAGAAAGGUAGUAGGGAGGAGUCGGGCAACUAUAGGCUAGUAAACCUUACUUUACUAGUGGGGAAAGUAAUGGAAACCAUGUUAAAGGAUAGGAUUGUUGAACAUCUAAACACAUGGAUUUCAUGAUCAGAGACAACGUGGGUUUACUUUAGUGAGAUCGUGCCAAACUAAUCUUAUUGAUUUUUUUGAUUGGGUAACUAAAAUUAUAGAUCAGGGUGGUGCAGUAGACCUUGCUUACCCAGAUUUCAUUAAGGCUUUUGACACUGUUGCACCUAUACGGCUUAUCAAUAAACUGCAAUCUUUAAGUUUGGAUUCCAAUAUUGUUGAAUGGGUAAGGCAGUGGCUGAGUGACUGGCAACAGAGGGUUGUCGUCAAUGGAGUAUAUUCGAAGCAUGGGCUUGUCACCAGUGGGAUACUUCAGGGAUCUGUACAUGGACCCAUUCUCUUUAAUAUUUUUAUUAGUGAUAUUGCAGAAGGACUUGAUGGUAAGGAAUGUUUUUUUUGCUGAUACUAAGAUAUGUAACAGGGAUGAUGUUUCAGGAGGGAAAAGCCAAAUGGCAAAUGAUUUAGGUAAACUAGAAAAAUGGUCAGAGUUGUGGCAACUGACAUUUAAUGUGGAUAAGUGCAAGAUAAUGCAUCUUGGAUGUAAAAACCCAUGGGCAGAGUACAGAAUAUUUGAUGGCGUCCUAACCAACAUCUGAGGAAAGGGAAUUAGGGGUGAUUAUUUCUGAUGACUUAAAGGUAGCCAGACAAUGUAAUAGAGCUGCAGGAAAUGCUAGCAGAAUGCUUGGUUGUAUAGGGAGAGGUAUUAGCAGUAGAAAGAGGGAAGUGCUCAUGCCAUUGUACAGAACACUGGUAAGACCAGUAUCUCCAGAAGGAUAUUGAUACUUUAGAGAGAGUUCAGAGAAGGGCUACUAAACUGGUUCAUGGAUUGCAGGAUAAAACUUACAAGGAAAGGUUAAAGGAACUUCAGCUGGAAAGCUAUUCCAUGCAUCCACUACCCUCUCAGUAAAGUAAUACUUCCUGAUAUUUAUUUUUUUUUAAACCUUUUGCCCCUCUAAUUUAAGACUGUCUUCUUGUUGUGGUAGUUCUCCUUUUAAAUUUAGUCUCCUCCUUUACUGUGUUGAUUCCCUUUAUGUAUUUAAAUGUUUCUAUCAUCCCCCCUGUCUCGUCUUUCCUCCAAGCUAUACACGUUAAGAUCCUUUAACCUUUCAUGGUAUCGAGAGCUAGUACUAAUGCAGAGCGUUGCUCUUUUAAUGUAUGAUACUACUGAGCAUCGGAUGAUGUAGUUCUAAUAUUGGCUCGCACUGCUCUGUCACAUUUUUGUGCCAUUUUGUUUCUAUUUCAGUUGUACAUAGUUUGUUAAUAAUUGUAUUAAGCUUUAUAAUGUUAUGAAGUAAUGAUGUGAACAUAUCACUACUGUAUUUCUAUUUUUCCAUAGGCUGAAAGAUGACAAACUUGUGAAAUGCCACCAGUAUGAUGGUCUGGUAGAGCUUGCUACCAUCUGUGCUCUUUGCAAUGAUUCUUCUUUGGACUUUAACGAGGUUUGUGCGACUAUUUAUACAUUUUUCAAUCCACUAUCUUGUGUUCACUUUGAGGUUAAAUCCUAUGUAUACUUUAGUCAAACAGGGUUUGAUCAAUGUACCUGCCUUGGUUCUUCUUUAUUCAGAUCUCUGCAUUUAUUCUAAUAGUUGGUUCAUUUACUUUCUCUCCAAUCUGAUUGACGCAUAAAAAAUACAAGUUGUUUUUUUUUCUUUUGUUUUUUUGUCUAUUGACCUUUCUCGACAUUCUUUCUUCCAAACAGGCAAAGGGAGUGUAUGAAAAAGUUGGGGAAGCUACGGAGACUGCACUUACAUGUCUGGUUGAAAAGAUGAAUGUUUUUGAUACAGAGCUGAAAGGUCUAACAAGAAUUGAACGUGCAAAUGCUUGCAAUUCGGUGAGCUUCAAUGUAGAUUAAGAUGAAUUGCAAAGCAUACAGAAAAAAAAUGCAUAUUGCUUCGUGUUAACACCUUUUUGAAAUAUAAUUUAUAGGUCAUAAAACAACUGAUGAGGAAGGAAUUCACUUUAGAGUUUUCAAGAGACCGAAAAUCCAUGUCUGUGUACUGUACUCCAAAUAAACCAACCCGCACUAGCAUGAGCAAAAUGUUUGUCAAGGUAAGGAAAACAUUCUGUAAAAUCUAGCAUUGGUUGUGAUGAUAUCCUCUCCCUCUCUGACUUAUAGAAAAUUUAAGAUAUGUUAUACCCCUUCCCCCCAUUUCUUUCUUUAUUGCGAGUUUUUGCACAUAGUGUAAAAUAUUUCAGUGAGCAGCAGGUUAAUGAUUCUAACAGUACAUGCAUACAUUUGUCACCAAGCUGGGCUUACUCAUUUUUUGUUGUUAGGGGCUUAUACACCCAGGCUGCCCUAUGGGUGGUCCUAAGGCGUGUGGCUUGGGGGUUGCUGGAGUCGGGCUGCAUGCGCCUUGUGGCUAAUUUGUGUAGCACCGUGGAGCUUUAGUAAGGCGCUUAUUUAAGGUGUAUAGAACUUCUUAAAGCCGGGUAUGGGUUGUCUUAGUAGUGCUAUUCCGGGAGAUUAGGGUCAUGCGCUAUAUAAUCAGUGGUCUGCUACUUUUGCGCAGUGGUUUCGCUUGGCAACCUUGUGCUGGUGGGGUGGGAGGGGGGACAUGGUGACUUUAACUUAGAGUUACAUCUAAGGUAUAUUUACUUUUAAGUAAACUAUCCAGCACUUUUUAUAUAGAUCUGCAGUUCCUGGUUUACAGUCAUUCUCUUUUAAACCGCAAACUAGAGGCUUUGCUAGCAGGUCUACGCGUGUGUAGUAGCUCUGCCUUAACCAUAGUACUGUAUUACGGCGGUGUUAGACAUGAGUCUGACAGGCCUGUCAUAUCUCCUAGCAAUAUCGCUUACCAGUAGCCAUAUCAAACACUAAGAAAAUGGCCUUGAGUUUUCCAUGAUCGUAGCAGAGCAGUUCUAUAGACUUUAUGCUAUCUGUCCAGUACCCAAAGAACAAUCAAAAAUGUUAGCAUACAAUAUUCAUCCAUUUAUCUCUCAAUCUAUAUUAAUAUAUUAUAAUUGUUUGUAUUAUUGUUUGAAUAGGGGAAAUAACUUAUUUAAUUUUUUAUGCAUAACUGCAUCUUAUUAAUUCAUUACAACUUUUUCUUGAAAUUGUGGGGGAUUGAAAGUGAAUUUUGAAAUGCAUUUGCUAUCAUAGGGUGCUCCAGAAGGCUUAAUUGACAGAUGUACCCACAUUCGUGUUGGAAACGCAAAAGUGCCUUUGACUCCAGGAGUGAAGCAGAAGGUUACGAGUGUAAUCAGGGAAUGGGGCUCUGGCAGAGACACCCUGCGUUGUUUGGCACUGGCAACACAUGACAACCCACCAAGAAAAGAAGACAUGAAUCUUCAGGAAUCCUCCAACUUCAUUAAUUACGAGGUUAGCAUUUUUUUUAUUCUUCUUAGUGUUUGUAUUUCUUAAUAAACUGACUUGUGUCCAUUAAAAAUGUGUGGUUUCUGCUGAAGCCGUCUCAAAGCGUAUGUUUGACUUUGACAAAUUAUAUCUUUAUUUUAGAGGGCAGAACAUCCAUUAAGUAUAACCUGUGUAAUCUUUAUUCAACCCCUCUUAAUUAUAUUGAACUGUAAAAUCAAUCUGUAAUGUUGAAAGCAAGUAUGCGUAUGUAUAACUUUUUUAUUUUUGUAUCCACUUUUGACUUUAGACUAACCUGACCUUUGUUGGCUGUGUGGGAAUGUUGGACCCUCCCAGAACAGAAGUGGCUGCUUCUGUAAAAAUGUGCAGGCAAGCAGGUAUUCGUGUGAUCAUGAUUACCGGUGACAACAAAGGAACUGCAGUUGCAAUUUGUCGUCGUGUUGGUAUCUUCCGUGAAGAUGAAGAUGUUACAGAAAAGGCUUUUACCGGCCGUGAAUUUGAUGAGCUGUCUCUGGCUGCACAGAGGGAUGCUUGUAUGAACGCUCGCUGCUUUGCUCGUGUGGAACCUUCACAUAAGUCUAAAAUUGUGGAAUUUCUACAGUCUUUUGAUGAAAUCACUGCCAUGGUAAGAUAACUGCAGUAAAAAGUACAGCAAAACUCCACCACUGCUUCUUUUCUUUUAACUUGAUCUGUUUAAAAUGUUUAUUUUUAAAGUUAGACAUGCACACCGUCCUGGAAUUGUGACCCACUUUUUAUGCACUUUGUUGUUUCGAUUUAAAUAUACACCCAUCUGACAUCCGGUAAUUAGUGAUAUUUCUUGAUGCUCUCUUCUUUUCUACGACAGUGCAUUAUGGAUCCCAAAAACAUCUAAAUAAGAGUGCCUUAUAUGUGCAGCAAUCUUAAUGCUCAAGUUGUCUUCGUUAUGCUGGUGAAUCUUAUUCAGCUCUUGGAGCAGACAUCAUUGCAUGCACAAGAGUACAGCAUUGAGAUCUAUGGAGGAUCCCGCAGUACAUAGGCACAGCUAAUUCUCUGCAGCCGUCACUGGUGACAGCUGGACAGGUUGACACUUAAAGAUGGCGGUAGCUCCAUCCAGCAUCUAGAAGGGUCAGGCUACGUAAAUAUACAGACCAUUUAGUCCCUAUUGUCUCGAUGUCUCUUGACUGGGUUGGAAUUUCAGUGAGAUCGUAACACCUUCAAAAUGAGUAUUUCAUAAAGCUUCUAUCUUUCUGAAAUAUUUAUUCUUCCGUUAAGAUAAAGAGAACCUCUUGUCAAUGGAUGCCUCCUCUGCUCCAAUUAGUUUGCACAACUUCUUCUACAUUGUUUUAAAUUGUCUUAUCUAAAUGGGGGGCACAGGAAGGGGGGGGGGGGAUUACUAAAGUCUUGACCAGAGUUUCUGAUGUGUGUGUGUGUGUUAAAAGUAUGCUUUCUGUGUUUCAGACUGGUGAUGGAGUAAAUGAUGCACCGGCACUUAAAAAAGCAGAAAUUGGAAUAGCCAUGGGGUCGGGCACUGCAGUUGCUAAAACAGCUUCAGAAAUGGUCCUGGCUGAUGAUAAUUUCUCUACCAUUGUGGCUGCUGUGGAAGAAGGACGUGCUAUUUAUAACAACAUGAAACAGUUUAUUCGAUACCUCAUUUCCUCUAAUGUAGGAGAAGUUGUUUGGUAUGUAUCAUUCAAAGAUUAACCACAUGUAGUGUUUUCACUGCACUGCCUGAACAUAUGUAAGGAAGGGUUGGGUGGCAAAAUUGGCUGAGUGAGGGAGGGAUACAGCAGGCAGUGGGAGUGAUCUGAAAGGGUCACAUCGUAGGGUAAGGUAGCACAUAGACAUUUGCGUGGUUUUUCCUACAACAGUUCAUCAGAUGCAUAAAAAAUUUGAACCAGGCAUUUAAAUCAUUCAUACCUGGUCAAAAAGUUUAUUGGAAUCUGUAGUAACAUGUGGCAAUUUAUGUACCGAACUAUACAAGUCUGCAGUCUAUAUGAGCAAUUGGUGCUCAGUGGCCCAUUUCACAUCAACACAGUAAGAAUUCUUAGUGAAUGCCAGAUUACCUCACCUGAUCUCUGUAUUGUUGGGCAAUCAUGUGGCUACAGUCAAUCCAUUAAUAGAUGUAAUGUGUGCGGGUAUGUUACUUCCUGCGGUGUUGCGUAACAUCGAGUGCCAUGUUCUGUGAAGUCCUGCAUAUAUAAUCAUGCAAAUUGGCACGUAUUUAAGUUAUGACAUUUCAAAAACCGACAUUCUAUACAAUAUGUAUAUGUACCACAUUCUGUCACUAUGUAUACUAUAUAUGUUUUACAUGUUUAUGUAUACAUUUUUCUUAAUUUAUUUUAGUAUUUUCUUGACUGCUGCUCUCGGUUUCCCUGAAGCAUUAAUACCUGUUCAACUUCUUUGGGUUAAUCUGGUGACUGAUGGUCUACCAGCCACUGCACUGGGCUUCAAUCCUCCUGAUUUGGACAUUAUGAGCAAGCCACCCCGCAAUCCCAAGGAGCCUUUAAUAAGUGGUUGGCUAUUCUUUCGAUAUCUAGCUAUUGGAUGUAAGUAAUGCUCUCUUAAAGUCCGAUUGUCGCUGUUCUAUACCAGUUUCAGUUUAUAUAUUAGAUUUUUCUUUUGAAUGAGCUACAAUCAACAACGUCAUGAUUCACCAACUAAAAUGAACACACAAUGUCAUGAAAAUGAUUUAUUUUGAACACGAGCUAGCUCAUUAAUUGAAGGCAAAACCAUUUUCUGCAGUUUAUCCCUUGUCUGUCUUUCUUAGCAUUUCAGGAUAACUUGUACCAAUCCAGCUAGUUUUUUCCUGUUCAUGUGUGAUUGUUUUUUUAUGUUAGUUACACUGUUUUGUGUUUGAAAACUGGUUAAUAGGACUGACACACUUGAUUGUGCUUCUGUUUUUGUUUUUUCUGCUAUCCUAAAUAUGCUAAGUUUAAAUCCUUAAUGGCUGAGAGUUUGUAACACUGCAAUUAUUUAAAAAAAUAAAUAAAAUAAUAAUCUGCUGUCACGUAGGUCAUUAAAUCUACUUUAUUUUCCUAGGCUAUGUCGGUGCUGCUACAGUUGGUGCAGCUGCUUGGUGGUUCAUUGCUGCUGAAGAUGGACCAAAAGUGACAUACUACCAGCUGGUAUGUGUAUUCCGUAAAAUUUUUUGAAUGUGUGUUCGUGUAUGUAUAUUAGCAUAUUGUUUUGUGGGUGGUGGUGGUUGUUUUUUGAGGGUUUUUUUAUGUUGUGUAAUACGACUGCAGUGUAAUAAUCAAAGUAGGGGGUUUAAAAAUAGAACACCUGGUUACAAAGCUUUUUAAUGUAACUCUAGGAGGAGAAAAUUUAAUCAGUGUGCAAAAUGGAGCCUAAUGCACACUCCGUAACGGUGUUAAAGUUUAUUACAUAGUUCUUUCGUGUAUUUGAUUCACGUUUUCUUUCAAGUUUAAUUGACAAAUGGCAAAUAUUUUAGUGUUGUACUUUUAGUAAUCUUAAACUGUAUAAGCUGUUUAUCUACACACUUAAACUGAUCUUUUCCUUAUUUCAGAGUCAUUUUCUUCAGUGCAAAGAAGAUAAUCCUGACUUUGACGGUGUCAACUGUACAAUUUUUGAAUCUCCCUAUCCAAUGACGAUGGCCCUCUCUGUUCUUGUUACCAUAGAAAUGUGCAAUGCUCUGAAUAGGUAAGUGCCAAUGAGUACAUAAACAGAUUUUGUUGAAAAGAAAAGUGUGUAUGUGUACAUUGAUCAUUAAAAGAAAGUGUGGCUUGUGUAUACAUUAUUAUUAUUAGGCUGAUGUAAUCCACAUCUUCCUGGAAAGAAUAGUAGUCAAUUAUUGUGAGAUCAAUUUUCUAUAUGCCAUUAAGAUUUAUAUAUAAGAACAAAUAUCUUUUUAAAGCUUUGACAAAGACAUUGCCAUAUUUGGCACCAUGAAGUUCUUAUUGCAUCUAUCAAUGUAAUAAGUCUAUUUUUACUUUUGCCAAUUGCAGGGCUUAGAAACAAAUUAUGAUAAAUAACAUUAGAAAUAACAUUUAUAUAUUUUUAUUUUUUUUAAACUCUCUCUAGUUAAAGGGACACUGUAGGCAUCCAGACUACUUCAGCUAAUUGAAGUGGUCUGGGUGCUGUGACCCUUUUGCACUUAGUGCUGCAAUGUAAAACUUUGCAGUUCCAGAGAACUGCAAUGUUUACAUUGCAGCUCUAAGUCUGCACUCAGUGGCUGUCUACCAGACAGCCAUUGGGGGCGCUUCCGGAAUGCUAUUGGGGGUGCUCACGGACCUCCAGCGUCAGAUUUUCCCCAUAGCAUAGCAAAGCAUUGAAUUAAACAAAAACGGCUUUGUUUUCCUGGCACUAUAGGAUCUCUUUAAGCCAUUGACUGUAUUUUGGAUUUGUAGCAUUUGGCAGCAUGCAGGUGUAAUGUGUUUAAAAUGGUCUUGGAGUGUAGUUGACCAACUUUCUUCUGUUUUGUCAUUUCUUAAGCUUGUCAGAGAACCAGUCGUUGUUGAGAAUGCCUCCGUGGGAAAAUGUUUGGUUGCUGGGCUCCAUCUGCUUAUCGAUGUCACUACAUUUCCUUAUUAUUUAUGUAGAGCCAUUACCGGUAUGAUUUUAAAAAUUUUUUUUUAUCUAAUUAAAUUAAUUUCCAACAUUUGAGCUGUGGUUUCUAACCAAUUUUUCUUUUCAUUUUUCUUUAGCUCAUCUUCCAGAUCACCCCGUUGAACUUGGUUCAGUGGCUCAUGGUGCUGAAGUUCUCAUUACCAGUUAUACUUCUGGAUGAGACCCUUAAAUUUAUUGCCCGUAACUACUUGGAACCUGGUAAAGAGUGUGAAAAGCCUGAAGCCAAAGGGUGCUCUUUUUCCGCAUGCACUGAGGGCAUCUCUUGGCCGUUUGUUUUCAUCACGUUACCUUUGGUUACCUGGCUUUACAGCACAGACACUAACCUUACUGAAAUGUUCUGGUCUUGACUGACAGUUUUACAGAAUGGAAAUGUUUAAUUUAACCUGUUUUUUUUUGUUUUUUUUUCUCCUUUUAAAUUUUGGUUUCCAACGCAACUGUCUAUUUCUGCUGAAUUUUCACAUGAACAUAGUGCUGGUAAAAGCAAAUUUUGUUUUUCAUAUUAGAACUUAUUUUGCUUCUCCCUACAACUCUGUUCAGGAAAAAAAAAAGGACGAGGUUCCCAGGUUUUUGGUUUUUUUGGUUUUUUUUUUUUUUUAUAUGCAUAGUGUUCAUUCACAUGUACAGAAAACUAAACACUAUUUUAUGCAAAUAUUUUUUGUAGAUGGGGGGAAAAAAACGCAUGUACAGUGUUCUGUUUCGUAAUCUUCAUCCUAGAAAAAUAAAAGGAAGCAAAAAGGAAAUAACUGAUCCAAUGGACAUUAUCUGCAGAAAAUUGGCAGCAGACUUAGGGAAAGUGAUUUAAUUUUUCAGAGACUAAAAAAAAGCAUGAUCUGUCUUUCUGCAUGGUUAUUUGGAUUUGAUAUCAUUGUGCUGUCUGUUGAAUGGUCUAUCUUAACCAUACGCCAGUUUUUUUUUUCUUUUAUUUGUUUUCUGCACGUAGCAGAGUAACGCUACCUCAGUCAGUAUUUUUGUUAACCAGUUUCUCAUUUCACUGUUUAUUUACUUUUUCUGUUUACACAAUUCCCUGUAAGAGGUAAGCAUAUUCUUGCUUGUGCAGCUGAUAUAUAUAUAUAUAUAUAUAUAUAUAUAUAUAUAUAUAUAUAUAUAUAUAUAUAUAUAUAUAUAUAUAUAUAUAUAUUCAGCAUUUAAAUCAUGUUUCCUUUCCAUAGAUUUUUAAGGUUAUUUAUUUGAAUGUCUAAUGUAUUUUAUUGUAACAGACAUUUUGUCCCCCCCGUCAAGCUGCCCGUGUCAGGGUCUAUACUUCCCAACCUGGUCAAAAAUAAAAAACUUUUAAUGGACAGAGAAAACUUGAUGUCUUGUCUAUAUCACCCAAGCUUUUUCAUUUUUUGUUUUUCUUUAGAACCUUUCUUGUCAUUUUUGAGUAAAACAAACAAACAAAAAACCUGCGCUGCUAAGUUAGUCUGGAUUAUUUCUUGUGAUAGAGCACACAAAUAACCAUAAUUUUUUUUUUUUUUUUUUUAAUACUGCAAGUUAUUCUGCGGACUUGUAUUAACCAGAGUUAGAGAUGUAACUUGAUUUGUGUGCAUUUUUGUAAAAUCUGUAAAUAGCACAUGACCAAAUGAACAUAUUGUAUAGAACUAUUUUUUAUUUAAGUGACACAAAUGAACAUCAUUCUGCUACAGCAUGGGUUUUUUUUGGGGGGGGUUUAAUUCCUCAACCUCCAAUGUUUGAGUCCUUUACCGUCCUAACUGUGGUGUUUUUCUCCAAAUGCCUUCCAACCUUCAACAACUCAAGUGAGUAUUUCUUUCGUUUAUUUAAAACAAAAACCAAAAAGGAACCUCAGUUGGAGCCGAUCUGUUUAGUGAUGCAAGAAAUUACAGUUUGUGUUGUAAUAAUAAAUGGUUACAUUGUCCAAUCAAUUCACCAUGUGUUUGUCAUACACUUCCAUUUUAAUUCAAUAACUCCACAAACUUAGAUUGGUUCUACCUUUUUAACCAUUUGACUAUGUUUCAAGCAUAGCUAGGUGCUGUUAAUGUCUGAGAAUAGUACUUGAAUUAUUUGCCAUUGCUGAAAAUCCCACAGUGGGAUAUUAGGAUGUCUUCUAUUUACUUAUAUGACUUAAAAGAGAUCAAAAUUUCAAGUCCUGUGCUAGUAAACAGGCCUAAAAUUGACUUGCCAUUGCAAGCUUAGUUCAGUGGCUCACUUACAAGGGUGAAUUUUAAGUCUAUCGGCAUCUUAACUUCUGUAAUAGAGUGUGUAGGGAACUGCACUCACUCACAUCAGUCUGAGCCAGGAUGCCUUUUCUGUACUGGAACCAAAACGCGAGAGUCCCAAAUUUGUAAAGAAAUACUAUUUCUUGGCAUCUUAACUUCUGACAACUCUCUGGAAAUUUUGGUCCCUGACCUGUGCUUUAAAUUUUUAUUUUUUUUACUGGGUGUUUUGCCACUUUAGUUUUUGGUUCCACGGUGGGCAUUUAUAAGUUGUGCCAGUAGUCUAUCAGUGACUAUAUGAGGCUAUAGCUGAAGUAGCUUUUCACUGCUGUUGCUGUAUGUUGGGAAUGUCACAGCCUUGUCAUUACAGUGAAUAUAAUGUAUGGUCUAGUUACUUAUUUCCUUGUUUUUAUAUCUCAUCCAAGUCAGUGGAUUUGCCAGUUUUGCUUUUUUUUUUUUUUUUUUGGAAUUAUUUAUUUUGUCAUGCAUGGGUUAAACAAGAUACACUUACACCAGCAAUGCCACAACAGCUAAUGUCAGGGUUUUCAUAAACCUAUAUAAACAAUCAUAUGGCAUGGAUAAACUGCACAUUUUUAUAUUUUAUGAGACAGUGUGGUGCAAGUCAUAGCGUGCAUGUAAGAGGCUAUUUAGGCUUAUCCACUGAUUAUGUAACAGACACUUAAUGAAUGAAUAUUCCUGAGUAUACCAACAUUUCACUUAGCUUGGUUAUUAGGUAGCUUGAUAACAGUAUAUGAAAACAUCUGAUAGGUGAGAAUAUACUGUAAGAUUUCCACCCCCAGUGAUCCCCACGCCAGCAAGAUUAGUCAGUGUCCAUGUACCAUGAGACCCGUCUCAAUGAAGAAACCGGGGAACAGGGCCAUAUCCACCUAACUUUGCUUCAGGGAGGCAGGGCAGCGGCCGGCCGUCCCGCCCACCGCCUGAGCGAUCUCCAUCUUGGGGGACAGAGAGCACCCUUCCAAGGGACUAAAACUGUACAACAAGCCUCUCCUCGGGACCAGGGUGUCUUCUUGCACUGGGUCAAAGCUGCCAGUCGUCAGAUAGGUACUGGUUUGGUGUUUUUGGGCUAAAAUUAGUGAAGAUUGCAGGAGCUGCUCUGGUGUGCGACCGUUCAGCAUGGCGGUCUGCCUCCGCCAGUUAUGCAUUUUAACUGCCGUUUGGCUGCUUUAAUUGCAUUCAGCCAAUAUGGAGAACGCUGGAAUUCAGAUUCUGGUCAGUAAUCAGAAAAUCCACACAAAUGAUCACAGGGUGCAGCAUCACAACAGCUUUAACAGAUGGCAUAUUCUAUAUUUUUUCACCAUGUGGUCAUCACUUUAGACCUUAGGCAUGUUCUAAUAACACUACAAAAUGACUAAUUACAAAAAGGUCUUCCACAAUUAAACACUAUUAUGGCUAUACACAAAAGUGGGACUUGUUGGGAAUAAAAAGUAAAUUGUAAGGUCAAAACAGUCAAUCUGGAAGUAUAGCUGACAUGGAGAUGUUUUCCAGUUUUGCUAUUUUUGGCUUUUCUAUUUGAAAUUCACUUUGAAUUCCUGACAGUUCUCUCUUUCGUGAAUAACCUUCUCGUUGUCAUAGUGAGGGAAUUCUAAAGAUGAUGUAUUGAUAUGUGUUUGUCUGGAAACUGAGAUCAAUACGUCCGUUGCCACUUUCCUAGUGCUUAGCCAAUAAACCAAUAUUUACUAAGAUAGCUAUUGUCUAAAUGUUUCCUUUCACACUUUUUUUUUUUUUAAUAAGGCGGAAGACCCUAUAAUAAACACAAAGAUUAAAAGGGGCACUGUAUGCACCCAGACUACUUCUGCCCAUUGGAGUAAUCUGGGUGCCAACUCCCACUACCCUUAACCCUGCAAGUGUAAUUAUUGCAGUUUUUUUUUUAUAAACUGCAAUAAUUACCUUGCAGGGUUAAGUCCUCCCCUAGUGGCUGUCUAGUAGACAGCCACUAAAGGGCACUUCCUGCUCCAUAGCACAGGUUUUUGUGCUAGAGUGUCGCUGAACGUCCUCACGCUGUGUGAGAACCCCCAGCGUCGCUCAAUUCCCCAUAGGAAAGCAUUGAAAGCAUUUUCAAUGCUUUCCUAUGGAGAGCUCUAGUGCGCGGCAUUGCCGCUCAUGCAUUAGGUUUCCUCGGCCAGCGGCAGCAUCAAUCUCUCCCACUGGCUGACGUAAGGAUAAGGAGCGGCGGCGACCAGAAACCACCGCCGAGGGACAUCGGUGGGGGUCUCAGGUAAGUGACUGAAGGAGUUUUCACCCCUUCAGCAACUGGGGAUGGUGGGUUGGAGGGAGAGGGGACCUGCAGUGCCAGGAAAACGGGUUGUUUUUCUGGCACUGGAGUGUCCCUUUAAUAGUGCCAAAAGUAGGAUAUUUAUAAGUUGUGUAUUCAAAUCAGACUUUAAUUUUUUCUUUCCUUUUUAAAUUGUUGUAUACAAUCAUGAAUUUGUGUGCUUGGGUUUAAAUUUGCAUUUAGAGUUGCAAGAAGUAUGGGCAUGUUAAAUUAACAAUUUCAAAGUUAUAUUUUGUGUACAGAAAUCUUCCCUUCACAUUAGGGAUAGUUUAGCAGAAGUACAAAGGGAACACCUGAGCAACCUGAAGGCAUGCAGCAUAGAGUCCAUUUUAUUUAAUAAGCAAAGGAAAAAGUGUAGUAAUAAAACAAUAUCCAUAAUUCAUGUGUGAAAGCAUAAUCUUUCAGCCACAUUUAAGCUUCUGGAUCCACAAUAUUGUGAAGACUGAUCUCAUCAUAUCCUAGGCAAUAGGAAUGAGGAAGCAUUACCGAAUUUUUUAAAUUUUCUUCUAAAUUAUGGUAGUGUUUAAAAAAAAAAAAAAAAAAAAUUAGUAAUUGCCUCAACUCCUCCAUAUAAACUUCCUGCAGCCUUCAUGCCUAUAAUUAAAUCCUAUUUGAGCAAAUUGAUCAGAACAGUAAUCUCUACCUAGCUACUAAAGCUAGUUGUGGGUUCUGGCGUUAAGUACAACUACCGGAGGCUGGCAGAAAACUGGCUUGUGACUCUCUUAUGCGACCAGCUCAACUCUCAAAUACACAACAAUGAUCAGAUGACCAAAGAAAGUGGAUGGGUUGGGACAUUUGGCUCAGGUAGGUCAUGUCACUGGAUCAAUCAAACUGUGGUGAUGAAUGUUUACCACAGAAAGAUUUAAGCCUUCUAACCAACAUUGGCUAUCCAAUAAUGGAUGACCACAAGAACAAAAUCAAUUGCACUAAAUUUAAAAUAGGACGGGUUUCAUCCUUCAAACAUUUCAUCUAACAAGCAGUUGGAUAAUUGGCCAACAAUAGCUAAACUUCAUCUCCACCUUAAUAAUUAAAAGAAGAUCCCACCCCGUAUUGAGUUUCUCUAAACUAUCAUGGAUUUGGUGGAAGAAUUCCUAUUUGGGAUCAGGCUUGCUACCUCAGAUUGUGCCCUCUUUUUCCUUGGGAAUCUGAAUUGAAGUCUUUGUUCUGAUAGUGUACGUUAGUCCACUCACUUCGUUUCAAAUUGAGUUCAAAAGCCACUCAUUUAAACUGCUCCUUGCAUUCUACGUUCAAGAACUUGGAGUGGAGAAACUCCUGGACUUAAUCCAUACUUGGAUGUUGUUUUCCUCCUACCCUGCAGCAGAGAAUGUUCCUGUAAAAUUAUGGCUUGCAAAUUCUAAGAAACUAUUUAUAUGUUUUCAUCUAAUGUGCAUUAUCCUUUUGAGUCAAGGUUGCAAGAAAAUUUAAUGCAGAGAGACAAAGACUCACUUGGUCAUGAGUAAUAUGUAGUACAUAAAAGCUUUUGUACAGCUCCAACAAAUGUUAAAAAAAUGCAACAUAUGAGUACUGCAAUAUAAAUGCUGGACUUUAUUGUGAGAAUGGUAAUCCUUUAAUGCCAGCGUUCAUUAAAACAAAAUAUACGGAUUACAUUCAAUUUACAGGCCUGUAGUCAAUGUGAUUAAGGCAUGUGUCACACUACAUAUGGCCUUGCCAUAUGUAGUGUGACACACUGCUUAUUUAUCCAAACCAGCUUGUAGCAAGCUACCCAACAUUAAUUUUUUUUAAAAUAUAAUCCUGAAGUUGGAAUGUUCUUGGCAUACUUUUGAAUUGUCUCUCUUUCUAACCUUAAACUCUUACUAUAAACUGCCCUUGUGCCCCUCUUAUUUGGAAUUCUAGGAAGCUUGUGUAGGAGCAUGCGAUCAUGCUCCAAAGCGAUGAUGUGAAGAGUGAGAGAUGUUUAAACUGCAGCAAACAUAUAGAGAUUAGUCUUUAAAGUCUAUUAAAAUGUUAUAUACGUGAUAUGUGUUAGGUUAUGAUGUUACAUAAACGUUCCAGCCAAACUACCUUAACGUGUGCUGCUGAUUUGGUAUUUGUAAUGUAGAAGUAUUUUUAGAUUGAUAAAAUUGCUCAUGUGUACAUUAAAUUAAGCAUAUCUUACUAUACACUGAUGCCGGUAUUAUAAGCAAUAUCUUGGAGCCAGUAUGUGAUAGUUUCUUAACUAAACUUUAAAUUGGAACACAUGGAACGUUUUGGCAAUGGUAUCUUACGUUAAAAAUAAUCAGGCUGCUGUAGUUACAACGUGGAUAUUGUAGCCUAAUUUUGUUUUUGGGGGGUUUGAAAUUUACUACAUUUCAAAGUUCCCAGAACGGCUAUAUUAGUGCCUCUGUUCACAAAAUGAUGUAAUCAGAAAGAGCUUUUGGCUUUUUUAAAAUCCAAGUUUGUACCAUCUAGAGACCUUUGCUUUGAGCUUGGCCUACGUCAGGCACAUGAUACAAAACACAAAGUAUUUUCUGCAAAGGUGGCUGGCAUAAGGAAUCUUGUCAAUUGUUGGACAACAGCUGAUGAAAUUGUUGUACUAAAUACAAUGUUUGUGUCAAUCACACCUGUUCAUUCUCCUUUCAUCACUUUUUUCUUUGAUUCACUUACUUUUUAACUCAUCACUGCUUGUAUGACACAUGGAAGAUUAAUCCACUACUUUAUUUAAACACACAUACUAAUGGAGAACAUUGCCGUGCACUCGAUUCUGUAUAUUCCAAAUUCAUAUUGUGCAAUGCAAAGUUUAAUGAGCAACCAAGCCUGAAACUCCUGCAGGUUUGAUUAGUGUAGAGAAUUCAAUUCAAUUUGUCUUAGGGUCAAAUCUACAACUGUAAUAGUUAUAAACGGUUACCGUUUUGAUUUAGAUUUUAUUUUUUGUGUGUCUCUAAUGUAAAAUACCGACUAUAGUUUAGUGAAUAAAUCCGUAGUGUGUGGGUUUUUUGGUUAACCAAAUGCAUUGCUCACUUUUAAUAUAUUUGUAAUGGUCGUCGCUUGUUGUCAGGUACAUAGAAUUUGCCUGACCACAUCUAAUCUUCAACACAAAAUUAGAAAAAAGUAGCUUUGUUCACUAAACAGUGCAUUGUUCUAUUUGCAACUAUGUUGGCUAAAAUGAAAACCGAAUUUUGACUAUUUCCUAUAGUUUACAAUUUUGUUAGCAACUUGGUAUUUAGUGAAUAACCCCCAACUGGUUCAUGGUUCAUAUUCUGCCACCCGAAAACCUGGUCUUUAUUGAUGCUUUAAUUGCUGAUGACCUCUUUCUUCUUUCCUUUUCAGAACAACUGGAGUAAUCCCCUUUAACAAUUUUGCAGAAAUGUAAGGUUGCGUUGUUGCGUGCGUGUGUGUUUAAGCAAGCUACCAAAAGAAAAUGAAAAAAGCCCUCUGCAUGUAUCAAAAAAAUAAAUCUUUUCCUUUUUUUUUUGAGAGAGAAAAAAAAAAUGUUUUGGAAGCUUCAACCGAGAGGAUUAUACGCUUCGCAGAGAAGAUGCAAUAUUUGUCUUUUAAAAUGUUAAUCCUUUCAUGAUAGAGGAAAUAGAUUCUGGAGAGAUGAGCGAAUUCCCUCCAGCAACAAAACUGAGUAGGCCCAAGCAGUAUAGCCAAGUUUCCAUGUUUCCCGCCAUGUAAAAUAUAUCAGUAGAUCAUGUAGUGCAUGCUUUCAGUUGUAAGUAGUCAAAUGUCUGUAUUGUAUCAUUUUCAUUAUAAACCGCUAUGUAUAAUAUGCACUUCUAUUUAUAAAUUUCAUUAAAAAGCUGCAGAUGUUGAAUGUUUUAAAAUGUAAAACUCCAGUUCACCAUUUCAUAUGUUGAUUUUUUUUUUUUUUUUUAAACUCGUUUUCAGUGUGCAAAUGUCAUUUUUUUUGCACUGUAAUAAUGUAACUUAUUAAAUUAACUAUAAAGUGGUUAUAACAGAUUUUGGUGCAAUACGAAUAUUGUGAUGCUUCUAUUAAGAGAAAAUGUCAGUUACUGCAAAAGCAUGUUUGGCCUUCUAAAUUAUUGUAAAUAAGUUAAGUUGUUUAAUCAAUGCUGACAUAAGCAUCAUAAAAUUGUUAUGGUUUCAGGUAAAUAAAAGUUUGUUCUUACAGACUCUCUAUUUA